AUGAAAGGUAAGACCCACAAUUAUGCUUAUGUGGAGUACAUGGGGAGUCCAGGAUCACAAGAGAGGGACACACAGUCCUUUUCAUAUGGCUUCUUCUUAUUUACCAUGUGUCUAGUUGCAUAUGGGGUGUUGCGGGGGGUAGUACGUCUGGUUGACGACACAUCAUAAUCCUUCUAGGGCAGUUUGUCCACCUUUGGUUUCCAUCCUGCACUCAGCUCUCACCUGUGACUCCUGUCAGCACUGACAGCAGCCACACCCCACAAAAUGACUUCAGUUGGCUGCAUAAACCAUGUGAGGGUAGCCAAUGGGUCUUUAACCCUCAAUGUUCUCCUGCAUUAUCUCCUGUUUAUCAAGAUGCCCUUUUCAAGUUGUACUGUAUAGCAAACAUUUUCUGCUUUUGGUGUUUCAUUACCUAUUUGUAUGAAAUGUUUUCAAAACCAAAAGAAAUAGAAAAAAAGGAUGUCAAACUGUUGCAUAAGUAUUUAGAAAACUGGAUACUUUGUCCUAAAAGCAUAUUUCCUAAAAAGAUAUUUCCUGUUAAACUUAUUCCUGUUAAACAGAUUGCCCCUCAGAGUUUCAAAGUGCAGAAGUUCAACUCAAGGCAGCAUUUGUGAAAUAUCAAUAGAAGAAUCUAUCUUUACUUUACAACAUCAGCACAUUCCAUUAUUUAUUUAUAUUAAAAAUAACAACUACAUUGCAAGCAAAGCAUAUUUGCCUUUGAAUUUUCCAUACCGAUUUUUCAGCUUUUACACUUAAUUCAAUAUAUUUUCUUAUUGAAGUUUCGACCCCCCCUUAAUCAGUAAGCUGGGGAGGGGGGAAUCCUGCAACCAACAAAAAAAUGAAUUAUUUUGAGGCAAAAUGGCCUCAGGAAAACUUUAAGUAAUGUAUGUUGCUUUCAGUUCAAAAUGUCUUUUAUGCCAAGUAAGACACCAGACUUUUGCUUUGUGAAAUUACUUAAUAUCUUUCAAAAUUCUAGCCUUUCCUUUUAAUCACAGACAUACAUAUUCUCUCUGACUCACUGUUUCCAAACCUAUUUUUUUAAAUUGUUGUUGUUUGUUGUUUAGUCGUUUAGUCGUGUCCGACUCUUCAUGACCCCAUGGACCAGAGCACGCCAGGCACUCCUUCCCGUCUUCCACUGCCUCCCGCAGUUUGGUCAAACUCAUGUUGGUAGCUUUGAGAACACUGGCCAACCAUCUCAUCCUCUGUCUUCCCCUUCUCCUAGUGCCCUCAAUCUUUCCCAGCAUCAGGGUCUUUUCCAAAGUAUUUUUUAAUACUUUGCCAUAAAGAGGCACCAUAAUAAAAUAAAAAACCCUCACUUUCUGCCAAGUGCAAAACUAUGGAGCCCCAAGAUUCAGUAAAGUUGAUCCUACAUUUGUGCUUUCGGUGUCUCAAAUGGCACAAAAGGAAAAUACAUUAUAUAAUCAUUAUACUAGGGUUGUCAUUUUCGAACAGAAAAGUUGCUGAGCUUUUUGGGCAAAAUCACAAAAAGUAAUGCUGUUAUUGAGCUAUCUUUAUGGGAAAACGGCACUGCCAGCAUGGGCUGUCAUACGUCCAGAUUUUCCCAGUCAUUUUCCCCAAUUUCCAUACUGCCAACUGCAGUAUUCCAGAUAUGCACUGGAAGAUCCAGACAUAUGGCAACCCUAAAUUAUACCCAUUUAUUUUUAAGUAUUAUUUUGUACAUGCAUGCCACCUGAUACCAACCACAUAUAGACUAUAACAAUGACCACAGAAGCUAGGCAUCACCAUAGUUAACCUUCCUUCUCUCACACCAGAAAAUUAGCAGAAACGUGUUUUAGAAAAUGUUCAGAUACAGUCAGGGCCGGAUUUAGGUUUGAUGAGGCCCUAAGCUACAGAAGGUAAUGGGGCCUUUUAUAAGUCCAGCUGUCCUUUGUCAACAACAAAUUGUCGCUGUUUUGUGCGUUGAAUAUAUGCUAUAUCAGUGGUGGCCAAACUUGGCCCUCCAGAUCUAAAGCCAUUUGCACAUAACAAAAUAUCCAGAUCUAAAGCCAUUUGCACAUAACAAAAUAUGUAUUUUAUUUGUUUUUUACCUUAUAUUUUGGAAAUGUACACCCAGUGGUGUUUUUUCCCUUUAAUUUUUUUGGGGGCCCCCAAGAGAGUGGGGCCCUAAGCUAUAGCUUAUACGUAAAUCCGGCACUGGAUACAGUACAUGAUAGAAGGAGGAGGAGGAGGAGGAGGAGGAGGAGGAGGAGGAGGAGGAGGAGGAGGUGUUCCCAUAAUGAAAAAUGUAUUUUACUGUUUGUAACAUAAAAAUAAUAAUCCCCAAGCCCUACAUUGUACCUUUGAAACACGGGAUUAUAUCCAGUUGUGUCCCUCCACUGGUGGAAGGCUCUUUGAUCCAGUGGAUGCUUCAGUGAGUGGAAAUGGGGUGGGGGAAUCUGUCUUGCUCCUGCAUCCCCUCCCUUCAUCCGCAUCACCUCAUAUGAUGCUCCAAAGGGUCCCCAAACCAUAUAGAGUAGAUCAGGAAAGGGGCACAGAUGUCUGCAGGGAAAAGGGGAAAUCAGCAAAAAAAUCUCUCCCACUCCAUUUUUCACUCAUGGAAAUCUCUGCAGAAGGAUGCAACUGGAAAUAGCCUGUGACCCUCCAUUAAAAGUUAAAUACCUUUUAACUAGCAGUUGUUUUCAUCAAGGCAGAGAGAUGUAGUAGAAACUAUUUUGUUGCCUGAAAGCUUGCUAAUUACUUGUUUGAAAGGUUAGGAAUGGUUGGUUUAUACAUGAACGCCAGUACUGUAGUUCCAAAAGUUAUCCUUUAAAAUACUGAACUGGUUCCAGAUCAUUUUGCACAAGGGAAUUAAAGAUUCCCUGCUCCCAUCAAAGUGGCAGACCUAAUUGUCACGAAGCCCAGAGAAAUUAACUUAACCGGGAAACUAAACUAAAACAUAUUUCAGUACUUCUCUCAAGAAGAGCAUUUGCUUGAAAUAUAUUGGGAUUUUUAUCUAAUCUCUAAAUAUGGUUUUUCACCAUUUUGUAUUUGCCCCAUUUCUUGUUUUUAUAUUGGAUCUAAUAAUUAGCAAUGAUUCAAAGAAUAUGUCUUUAAAGAAGUAUUUAAUGAAUAAGAUUAAGAGUGUGGGUGGGAAUAAGCUUUCUGAUGGAAUAUUUAAAGAAAAAGUUAUAUGAAAUGUUUUAAUGUAUGUGUUUACAUAUUUAAUUUAUUUGUGUGUGUGUGUAGCUUAUAUAUUGAUGUAUUUAACAUAAGAUUAUAGGUAUAGAUAGGUAUACCUAUCUUAUAGGUAUUAUUAUAGGUAGCAAAAAUGGGGUUAGUUUGAAAUUUCAAGUUGGGUGCACAAUACACCUUAAAAUACCCACCUUAAAAUACCUACAUGAAAACCGUGAAUACCUUUCAUUUUUGGAAUCUGGAAUUCUGGAUUUCUUUUAGGCUUUGGAAACAUGGAAUAAUAUGGUGAUCCCAAGUGUAAGGAUUUAGCAGUAUGAAGAUUUGCUACCAUGAUUGCUUUGGGCAAUCCUCAAUUUCACUAAUGAAACCAAAUUCAGAACCAUGUGCAUGCCUUUGAUUUUUAGUUAUUUCUUUGAUGCUAGGUAAAAGGUAAAAAGGUAAAGGACCCCUGGAUGUUUAAGUCCAGUCAAAGGCGACUAUAGUGUGUGGCACUCAUCUCACUUUCAAGCCGAGGGAGCCAGUGUUUGUCCGCAGACAGCUUUCCGGGUCAUGUGACCAGCAUGACUAAACCGCUUCUGGCACAACAGAAUACCAUGACGGAAACCAGAGCGCAUGGAAACACCGUUUACCUUCCCACCACAGCGGUACCUAAUAAUCUACUUGCACUGGCGUGCUUUUGAACUGCUAGGUUGGCAGGAGCUGGAGCAAAGGGAGCUCACCACGGAUCUUCUGAUCGGCAAGCCCAAGAGGCUCAGUGGUUUAGACCACAGCACCACCCAUGUCCUAAUGCUAAGUAAUGGCCAUAGUAGACCUCUUGAUAUAGAAUAGUCCAAUAUUAUUUCAAAGGGUGUGCACUUUAUUUCUAAAAAGAAAGAUAGUUUUGGGUGGACUUAUUUCCCCAUAAAGUCAGAAAAAUAAAUUUGACUCAACAAGCAAGCUUUUUCUUCUUUCUUUUUUGCUAGUGAAAUAAUACAUUUCUAGAAUCCAGCUCGACUGGAGAAGUGGAAAUGGUAGAGUUCUUAAUUGAUUGAGGUAGCAUUAGGGAUGAUGCAAUAAUUGCUUUAAUUAGCUCCUAUUAAACUGGUCUGUAAGUUGAUAGUCUGCUUCCAUCUGAACAGCUUCACAGCUGUGCUCUGUCAAUACAUCAGCUCAUUUUAAUCUCUUUGCUUCUGUGCUGUGCCUCUCUUUUUUGAACUCUGGUGUUUUCUCACUUCAUUUCAGUGAUUAGUCAUAUAUCCCCAAACUAUAUACUAAUCAAUUUCAGCCUGAUUAAAGCCUAAAUGUUGCUUCAAGGUGAAGUACACAAGCUUUUAAGUGAUACAAAACUCUUGAUUGGGAGGAAGCAUAUGUGCUUACUUUGCAUAUAGUAAAGCUGGCCAUUUGUAUUUAUCUGCCAAACAGUGAAUAAAAAAUUACCAUACUUCAGCUUCACACCUGAUAAGAAAUCCGAGGAAUCUAAUGGUAAGACAGUGACAACUGGUUUACCAAAUAGUUACAUGCACACUCUCCUAAAUUACCAGUUGGUAAAUUGUUGUCUUUUAUUUGCCUUUGAUACCAGGGGCAGCGAAUUUCCUUUAGUCCGAGGACCACAUUCCCAUUUGGACAACCUUCUAAGGGUGAUAAGACAGUGCCAGAGGUAGAAGUGGGUGGAGCUACAGAUGUGCCUCUGACCUUUGUACAAUAGGCUACAUGCCAGCCUUGCGAAACUCAAGCAUUUCCAUAUAUAUUCAUAAACACAUUUCUCCAUCCUCUAGCCAGGCAAGCAAGAGGCAUUAUCAUAGUUCAGUGAUACACUGAAUGACUCAGUGACGGUGCAGAACUGGGCCAGUGAGCAGACCUGUCUGGGGGAAAGCCCAGGACCCACUGGCAGAGGAAUGGGGGGGAGAGCAUCACCCCUGGCAACAUCGGGGAAGGGGGUACCAUUGCAGCUGCCCCCAGACACGCUGUACAUCCCUCCACUAUGCUGGGCGCCACACCCCCAGGAAACAUGCCACGCCCCCAGAUGCACACCACGCCCCAGGGAUGCACGCUACACGACGAGCCACGCCCCCCACCCCCCAGGAUCAGCACCAGCCACGCCCACACCUUUUCUCUGCCCCCCAGUGCUGGAGCAUGCGGCUUCACCACUGCCCAGACCUCAAAGUACUAGAGAGAAGUAUCUGGAGGACUGUGUUUGGCCUCCUGCUCAAGGUUUCCCACCCCUGUUUUAUCACACAAAUUCAUGCAGAUCCAAAUAUAAUUUGCGGGAGAUAUAGAUUUUUAAAAGACUUGUCUAGUAAUCAGGGUGUGUUUGGCCCCAGCUGGGAUAGCUCAUUCGGUAGAGCGUGAGACUCUUAAUCUCCAGGUCAUGGGUUCAAGCCCUACACUGGGCAAAAGAUUCCUGCAUUGCAGGGGGUGGUCCCUUUCAAAUCUACAGUUCUAUUUGUGAAAAAUAAUCAUCCAGUUUUCGAUCUGUUGUGGAACUACUAUUUUCCUUAACUGUCAUCACAGUGAGAGAGCCAGAGAAACUCAAGAAACUCCCCCCAUCCCAAGUCACAAAAUUCAUUAUGAAAGAAAAUAUUUGUAGUAAUCUCAAAUAGCUGACAGCUUAAUCACAUGUUUCCUUUCAGGAGAACUAAAAAUGGCACCCCUCCAAUACUCAAAUAUUCCCAAAGGCAUGUAAAAUAUGCUACGAUUUUAAUCCAGAAAACUAUGCUAGUUUCUUUUUGGAUAUUCCUGUUCGACACUUCAGAAGGAGCAUUCAGAAAAAGCUAUUAUUAUUAUUAUUAUUAUUAUUAUUAUUAUUAUUAUUAUUACAUUGCCACUAGGUAAUGUGUAAUCCAAGUAAAGAAGAAUACACUCUAGUUAGUUGAUGUUGUUUUCUAAAGUAUAAAACUAUACAAUAAACUCAAACUUUCAAUUCACAUUUAAAGCAGGUAUCAGGCACACUUAACUAACAACAGAAAGGUGAAAGUUAGUUAGUUAUUAGGUAAAGGUACCCCUGCCCGUACGGGCCAGUCUUGCCAGACUCUAGGGUUGUGCGCUCAUCUCACUCUAUAGGCCGGGAGCCAGCGCUGUUUGCAGACACUUCCGGGUCACGUGGCCAGCGUGACAAGCUGCAUCUGGCGAGCCAGCGCAGCACAUGGAACGCCGUUUACCUUCCCGCUGGUAAGCGGUCCCUAUUUAUCUACUUGCACCCGGGGGUGCUUUCAAACUGCUAGGUUGGCAGGCGCUGGGACUGAACGACGGGAGCGCACCCUGCUGCAGGGAUUCAAACCGCCGACCAUGCGAUCGGCAAGUCCUAAGCACUGAGGUUUUACCCACAGCGCCACCCGUGUCCCUAAGUUAGUUAUUAGGGCUAACCAAAAAGUCACAAAAAUGUGGCAGAAAUUUAGCUCCUGCUUUGGGUAGCACCCUGCUUGAUGAAUAAUUUCAGAGAAUGGGGGGAAAAAAUGAAUGUUAUUUUAAAUAACAGGGUUUUUUGUUUUUUUACUUUCCAAACUGAAUUGAAAUCUGAAGCUUUUAUGAUUCAAGGGUUUGAAUGCAUGAUGCAUAAAAUAGUGGCUCCUAUUAUCUGGGAAGAGGUAGUUGCUCUGGUUACAUAACUUGAGAAUGCAAGUUUCAAAGUCAGAUAGAUGUCUCUGUUUUAGUUUUACAUAAUAGACACAUCCACCGUGAUAUACUUGUACAAUGUGAUAUAAUAUGAUACGCCUUCUUCCUAGAUGUGUCAGAUAUCUUCUUGCAAUAUUUCGUUCCUCCUAAAGAAGGAGGUUGGUCAGCAAGUGUGAGAAGAGAUCAAUACUAUUUGAUUGUUUUCCUCUUUAGGGUACUAAUACAUCCGAGUAUUUCACAACAUGCUGUCUAAACCCAGCAAAAACAAACAUGCCAGCAGGAUAAUUAAUUUAAUGAGAUUAUCUCACCGGUGGUUGCCCUUCUUUUGGCAGCACUCACACUUAGGCACAGUCCAUGAAAAGGACUGCGGCUGCAGAUACCCUCAGUGAAAACCUUUUUAUAUUUGCCAAACAAUAUGCUAUGUUUUAAUGAGAAGUAUAAAACAAUGUUUUUUUAAAAUAAAUAUAAAAUAACAUUUUAUUUCUCCUGAUAAAUAAAAACAAUUAUCUUUCUUAAAGGGAGACUUGUUUCUAAGCAAAUGCUGGAUAUCACACUGGCAGAUUACUGCAAUUUAAUAUGAUAGAAUAUAAGUAAUGGAAUGAAUAAAUAAAAAUGAACACCUUGUUGGAAUAGGUUGUGUGUGCUUCUACCACUUUUCAGUUUGAACUUUACUUUGCAUGAAGUAAAUAUAUACUUUAUAUACUCUCUCUCUCUCUCUCUCUCUCUGUGUGUGUGUGUGUGUAUGGCUGCAGUCCUCUGUACACUUACUUACCUGAGUUCAGGUGGGAUUUGCACUACAUGAAAAAUAAAGUGAAAUGGCAGCAUAUUCCUAUAGGUAACUCUGCUGCUGCACUAGUAGAAAUUACCACCAUAUCUAAUGCAUUGCUCGGCCAAGAAAGAAGGAAAUUACACAGCAUGGAGAAUAUAAAAAAGUGGUGUAGAAAGUACAGACAGAGCCCUAGAAUCCCUGGAAGUACCAUCAUGGCCCACCAUUCAGGGGCGGUGCCAGUGAGCAAGAGCUGAGCCAAUAUGGUAUAGGAUUGCACCCUGAUAUUGAUUAGCAGCAACUGUAGCAGGGAUUAAUGUUGUUACAUGCAUAUUUAAUCUUCUGGGAUUCAUUCCAAAGCCUUACUUCUCCUUGGACUUUGAAAAAUAACAGCAAGGCCUCACUGGCAUUAACCUGCAACUUUUUUUUUUUUGUAACAGAUACCAGUUUCCCACAGGAAACUGCAAGGCACUGCUGGGCAGCUCAGAAUAAAUUAUUAUUACAUUAAAUAAAUCCCUUAAAAUAAGUCUGGAUUCUUCAGAAAGGAUACACACAAACCUUAAUAAAUAAAUAAAUCUGUAGCUCUUUUUAAACUCCAUACAUUUUUGUGCUGCUGUGUUAGCUGUGAAAGCCAUUACUACUAAAGAGAGGGUAUUUUUUGUGACCUAAAGUGACUUAGAACUAAAGGCUAAAGAGGUCUGAUUUAUUCUGAUGAAUUUAAAGGCCACCUAUGACACUCAGGGUGAAUUAUAUCUUCUUCCUCUUUUUAAUUCAUAUGAAAAUAGCAUUAUUAUUAUUAUUAUUAUUAUUAUCAUCAUCAUCAUUAUCACAAUCAUCAUAAAUUUAUGUUACUGUUAGAGUUUAUUUACCUGAAUUUGGAGAUUAUAUAUUUACAUAUCUGUUAAAGUAGUUUUUAAUAUAUGCAUGCUGGUCUCCAUAUAUGAUGCAAAGCUGUAAAUCCUCAUAACUCUAUUUCAUUCUUCACCAAUGACAGCCGUGAAGUCAGAUUGUAAUUCUUGCACUGUGAAGCAUCUAUAUACAAGUACUUGCUUGGCAAAUGGAGUACUGCAAGGCAUGCAUUUUCUUCCCCGUUAAGUUUUUUGGGUUUUUUUAAUUCAAGGGUAAAUGUCAAAACAAUGCUGUAAAACCAAUUAAGAAGAAAGAAAACAAGAUUAGAGGUGCUACUUGAAUUAUUUAUUGUUGUGCACUGUUGCCAAGUCUUUAAAUAAGUAGUUAAUAGACCUUACAGUAACUCUCUUUGCAAUACAGUAAUUUAUUUAAUGCACUUUUCAGCAAUGCACAAGCAUUAAUCUGAAAGACUCCAUGUUGAUCUGUACUGUACCUUUCUACAGAACAGUAACAAUAUACACAAGGAAUCUUCAGCAGAAGGGCAGAAGACCACAUUUACUUAAACACUCUUGCAGUGGUACUAUUCAACUACACAGCUUUGGUUACUGUGUAAGCAGCAGGUAAUGAAAAAUCAUUGACCACCAAUGCUGACUUUUGUAGAUUUGCUCAGUGUCAUUAAAGAAAUAAGCUACUGACUGCUAUAAUUUCAAGCAUUUUUCUAAACUGGGUACAGUUAUCAAUACUGUUCUGAAUAUGAUAGCUCCCGUUGCUUGGUCCCAGCUCCUGCCAACCUAGCAGUUCAAAAGCACAUAAAAAGUGCAAGUAGAUAAAUAUGCACAGCUCUGGGGCGCGAAGGUAAAUGGCAUUUCUGUGCGCCACUCUGGUUUCACCAGAAGCAGCUUCAUCAUGCUGGCCACAUGACCCGGAAAAACAAACACCGGCUCCCUCGGCUAGUAAAGCGAGAUGAGCGCCGCAACCCCAGAGUUGUUCGCAACUGGACUUAACUGUCAGGGGUCCUUUACCUUUACCUUUUAACUUGAUCAGAGUAAAUACCCUAAUUUCUCAAUACUGUCCAGUAUCCCUUUAGAGACCAACUAAGGUGCUACUGGACAAUUUUUUAAUUUAUUUCGGCUGUGUCAGACCAACAUGGCUACCUAUCUGAAUUCUCAACAAUGAUUUUCCUUCUGAAUUUUUAAGAUAGUGGUAGAAAAUAUUUAGCUCAUAUUCCAUAAAAAGUCUUGCAAGGUCACCUUACCCCAUAUAUACCCACUCAUCCACUUCAAUCUGUGGAACCAGCAGUGUUACAGGUGUUGCAUAAAGUUGGCAUGUACUGUACUGCAACCUUGUUUUCACCUUACCGCUGAUUUCAAUUAUUUUGGAAGAGUCAUAUAUAUGCCUAAUAUAGUCCACAAAAGGUAGCACGUUUGAAGGAGCUUGUAUAAGGCAACAUUAUGGGAUGGGUGUUUCCAGCUACCCUGCCCUUUGCCCUUGGAAGCCUUAUGAGAAGCUGAUUCAGGAGAGGAACGGUGAGGAGCAUUAUGGGAAGGCUGUUUCUAGGACUAAGGUGAAACUGUGAAACUCCCUUGUUACUUUUGAUAUUGGAUCCUGCUUGUUGUUUAAGCAAUCUUCUUAUAUUUAUAGUAUUAAAAUGUAUUUUUCUAUGUUACUAUAUUUGCUAUUGUUUUGCUUUGUUAUUAUGAAAUCGUUACUUUGUGGUUCGAGGACCCGGUCCCCGCAUAGUGGAAAUGAAAACACACGGACACGUGAUAUAAGGUUAAUGGGCAAGAAAAGGCCACAACUUUAUUGAUUACAGCAAGUGAAAAGGUAUUGGCUUAGGCACUGGAUUACGUCAGUUGACUCCACCCACUCAGAGUGGGGUGAGUCUAAAAAGGGGGGUUUAUUCACCAGUAGGUGGAGCCUGUUGAUGCUAAUCCAACUAUAAGCUCUCCCCUGAUGUCACCGAGGGUCGUGCCAUGGCCUCCCGCCACGCAGGCAUCGGACAGAAUACACGACCGUCGGAUUCCUUUAACGGAAUACACAAAAAUUGAAGGCAUAGGCGAUGGCCACACCUAGCCCUUCCACACACCACAACACAUUAUUCCAAUGCCUAACCGCCAUUCCAGAGCCCAAGAGUGAGGGCCGCGUGGCUGGCGCAGCAGUGAUUUACGCUGCCAUCCACGCCCCUUCAAAGGCACCUGGUUGGGUGCCUGCCUGUGGGCGUGGUGCGCCAGCCAGGUGAGUGGGAGGCAGGGGGCUAACGCCCCCUGCUUGAGGCGGAGACCGGCUCCCGCCCACAACCACUCCCCUCUUUUGCAGGAGGAGAGUCUAUGUUAUUUUUGUUGUGCUACAUUGAAAUUGUUUCUGUAGUUUGUUUGAAAUGCAUCCCUGGUUUUUUUGUAAGCCGCUUUUGAGCAUGAUUUUUUUUGUGUGUGGAAAAGCAGCAUACAUAUAAAAUGAAUGAACAAAUUUACUCUUUCUGCAUCAGGUGCUUAAAAUAUUGAGGUAUUGGAACAUGAACAAUGCUUUUAAACAACAACACAAAGAAUAAAUGGAUCUACUGAAAACCAGAAUUUUUGUUUUAUCUACUACUAUAGGAUCCAAUCAAUUGUGCUGGAGUAGAGCUAGCCUUGGGAGAAAACUAAGUUAUUUGUCAUAUAUUCAAAUAACACAUUUGUAAUGUGGUAGCUACAGGAGAAGUGCUUUUUAAGUGCUUAUGUGAUGAUGGCAUUGUGUGAUAGAAGAUGCAUAAAGCUGGCUGCUGGCCACUGACUAGGAACUGGCAAGCCUUGCCCAUGCUAAAGUGUCCCAAGCAUGUAGGCCCCCCAUUCGGGUCUGUGAACUUGCAAUUAGUGAGUUAAAUUAGAAACAACUACAGCAUGUUUGCUCAAGGAAAAGAUAUUAAGAAAUAAUAGAAAGAAAUAUGCAUGUUUAAUAUUCUGGGCUUCAUUCCAAAGUCUUACUUCUCUUUGUGCCUUUUUGAAAAAUAACAUCGGGGCCUCACUAGCAUUAACCUGUAACUUUUUGUAAUAGAUACCAUUUCCCCACAGGAAGCUGUCUUUCUGAAAUAAUACCAAAUACUAACUUGUGUAAUAAUUGUUCUAAUUAAAAAACAAUGUAGGACUCUGCUGGGCAGCAGAGGCUGUCUAAGGUGUCCCUAUGCAACAACAGGAGCUUGUAUCUGAAUGACUGAUCUGCUCCAGAAAGCACAUAAUAAUAUUGAUGGAGGACUGACAUGUCCACAAACCUAGUAUUAAUAUCAAUUAUACUGAAGAUUCUCUAUGCCCUUGAGUCCACAGUUAUUUUUGGGUGUUGCAACUGUUAUGUAUGCAGGCGUUUUAGGCCGAAGCAAUGCAGGCCUAGACCUUCAGGCCUCCUGGAGCUCAGGAGCUUCAUCUGCAUAACAAAAGACAGAGAGGAUUCUAAAACCCUCCAAUGACAUUGUUAUUAGCUAGAAGACAGCCAAUCCCUGCUGAGGGCCAAUGUUGUGAUUCACAAAUUGCAAACUUUCACAGGCGGUGUGUGUGUUUUGUCUGGGCUGGCUUAAGGUAUAUAUACUGGGCCAAGUGCCCCUGUUUGUCAUUCUUGUUCUUCCUGAUGUUCCAAUAAAUCUUUUUUUGAGCCGAAUCUCGGUCUUGGGUCAUGCCUGAACCUACCUACACUUCAGGAACCACAUAUUGAUUCCUGUUCUUCUGCAUAAUCCCUGUUUUACCAAGUAUCAAUGGAAACAAAGGUUAGGGAAUGCAUAUCAGGUUCUAGGCUGGAACUUCAAUUAUUUCUGACCCUUUAGGUAAAAGUAAAGGUAAAGGGACCCCUGACCAUUAGGUCCAGUCGUGACUGACUCUGGGGUUGCGGUGUUCACCUCACUUUAGUGGCCAAGGGAGCCGGUGUACAGCUUCCGGGUCAUGUGGCCAGCAUGACUAAGCUGCUUCUGGCAAACCAGAGCAGCGCACGGAAACGCUGUUUACCUUCCCGCUGAAGCGAUACCUAUUUAUCUAUUUGCACUUUGACAUGCUUUCGAACUGCUAGGUUGGCAGGGGCAGGGACUGAGCAAUGGGAGCUCACCCCGUUGCAGGGAUUCGAAUUGCCGACCUUCUGAUCAGCAAGUCCUAGGCUCUGUGGUUUAACCCACAGUGCCAACCCCGUCCCAUGACCCUUUAGGUACUACUGCUUAUAGUAGGACUGAACAUACAGAUUGACUGCAGUUUGUGUUUCUUUCAGCAUAAACAGGGAGGAAAAUUCGAUUACUAACAUUAAAAUGAUGAUUAUGCAUCUAAGACUCAAACAGUCCAUUGAAAUAAAAUAACAAAUGUCUCAAGAACAAAUUUCCACCCUUGACCUUAAAUUAAAAAUGGACAGACAAAUAUUUCGUUUACUCUGGCAAUGCUUAAGGUUCUAAAUUAAUGUUGAAAACACAAUUCAGAAUUUAAGAACAUAACAAGAGCCCUGCUGGAUCAGACCAAAGGAUAAUCUCAUUCUUUUCUCACAGCGGCUAACCAGAUGCCUGUGUGAAGCCAUAAGCAGAAUGUCAGCAAAACAGCAUUCUCCUCACUUGUGCUCCUAGCUGCUGGUUUUAACAGGCACCCUCAGCAACAGAUACUCUGACACUAGAGGUAAUAUAGCCAGCAUGGCUAGUAGCCAUUGAUAGUCUUAACCUCCAUAUAGUGGUAUAAUGCCAUUUUAAAACCAUCCACAUUGUUGACCAUUGCUACAUCUGGUAAGAGUGGUACUAUGCUCUGUUUGUCUAGGUUCACAAGUAACAGUAAGGCUUACAAGGGCCACAUAAACAAACAUUGGCUAUAGGUCGUGGUUAAGGAAAUAGGAGUUUAACGGUGAGGCUGCAUUCGAGUAUCACACUAAGCGAAACCUUGGCGUGGGUGCCAUGUUACACUGAACUCAAAGGACCAAAGAGGACUAAAUUGGCUGUGAUUUCCCAGGAGCACACACUUUCAUGCAUUUGCACUAAACUGUGGUUUGGCUUAGUGUUAUGUGCAAAUGUAGCCUUUCUGGGUCCUGAAUGUUCUAACAUUCAGCUUCAUUGGAUGGCCCUGGUAUCUAGCAUUAUGAGAGAGGAAGUAAAACUGGUCUCUGUCCACUUUUUCCACAUUGCAUCUCCUGUUAUGUACUGAAGUUCUCACCCUGAGCCAGGAGGGGGAUACUAUAGAUAGUUAUGCAAAUGAAGGAUCGAAAGUGACAUUCAGUGAUUGGAUAGUUUGUAUGCAAAUGAAGGAUCAAAAGUGACGUUCAGUGAUUGGAUAGUUUUAGAAAGUUGCUACAGUUACGUUGUUCUGGAGCUCUAUAUAAGCAGGCUGACUGAGCUCCUCAGUUCAGUUCUGUUCUGGCCUUUGAAUAAACAAGAGCUGUUUGAAGAAUCACUGUGUUGUCUGAUAUGUUUGCCCACAACUUAACAUCUCCCAUCUGCGAGACUCAAUAUUUUGAGCAAGCGGUAGCUACUAGCUCAUUGCUUAGCCAAAAAGUCCCAGGCUCGGAAGGAACAUGGUCUUAAGGCACCACUUACACCAAUGAUGUCACCAUUCCCCUAUCCAAGUUAUUGUCAACAUUUGAAAGUUCUCAGGUCUUUAGUAUAUGGAAAUAAAUAAUGUUUGACAAUGGUGUUGGAGGAUUCAUAAAUAUAAAAUUACUUGUUACAGUAUUAAAAAUAGAGUUCACUUUUCUAAAAAAAGUAUAUAUUACCCAAUUGUAAGACGAUAAAUGUGCCAUUCUCUCUAAUGCUUCAACAUUACAGCUCUAUCUCUUAAAAAGCUGACAUGGAAAAUAGCAGCGUAAUAAACCAAUUCAUCAUAAUGCGCAAAAGAAAGCAUUGGAAUAAAUUGUAAUAACCUUUCAAAAACUAGCAGCUUUUAAAAGUAUUAAUUUCUACUCCAGAUAAUUGGAAAGGACACCUGGGCGGUCAGGCAAUAUUUUUCAUGGGAUUGUCCUGUCAGGAACUCAGAUUGUCUUUGGAGUCAGGAACAAUCGUUUAGCGCUAAAUGACAGUGAAUCUUGCAAAUGGGUAUUCCUAGAUGGUAUUGCCAUAAAUUACAAAACUGAACUCCCCUCAAGGUCAGCCAUAAAAGAGGGCAGGUAUCAAACGGCAUUCUUGGAGCUCUGAAGUAGUCUUCAAGCUUCAUAGAAAUGGACGCCGGUUGUGUUCCUGCCAUAAAAAUCAACUUAAUGGACUGACAGCACAUAUUAUCAUCAAAGCUUUAUAAAUUUCCUAUAUAGAUCUACAAAAUGCAAUGAGGACUGUGUUUGAAAUGGAAAGAGCUGUGGUUUCUGCUUAUGCUAACUGUAAACAUUGUUACUUAAUUCUGAAGUGCUGACAGCCUUGAAUUUGAGACUACAGUGCAUUUUGCAUUGAAAGCAAGCAACGCUUCGGUGCUGUUCAAAAUAAUCAUACUAACACAAUGGCUAUUUUUUAUUUCCCUUUUCCCUUUUUAUAACAUCUUUUGAUAUUUUGUAAAAAAGAGGUUGUACCAAUGAACUAUAUUCCCAUUUAAAUAUGAGUUCUGUAAACAGGAGAUCAAAAUUCAAAGAGCAGCUUCUGAAUUUUUUAGAUGUUUUUUCUCUAAUAGUCCGAGACAGACACUGAAUGGAAAUAAACAAAACCAAUUCAAGGUUCCUUCAGAUGGCAUAGGAAGGUUCCCAUGGAAAAGCAAGUGCGAUUCUUCCUUAUGCUGUGUCACCACAAGGUGCAGGUAUUAUCUCUUCUACCGCUGCAUAGGCAUUGACCAGACAGGGAAUGUGACCAGAAUAUGCAGUGAACUAACCAUGAAAUCAGUCUGCACACACUGACUCCAAAAGUAGAACAGCUUUUUCCUGGGCUUUUUUCUGUACUCUUUUUAAAUUGGAUACAUAUAGAUAUGCACACACACACACACACACACAGAGAGAGAGAGAGAGAGAGAGAGAGAGAGAGAGAGAGGGAGAUGUAACAUUACAUUUUCUCAUUUAAAUCUUAUAAUCAUAAUCUGUUUCCCUUAAAAAAAAUCCAGCUUAAAUUGUUGCACCUGAGUGCAAAGGUUGAUUUGAGGGAGGGGAAGGCUGCAAUUGAACAAAUUCCCAAAACCUUUGGGUGCAAUACAUUGUAGUGCUGAGUCUCUCAUUCCCCCAGUGCAAGGAUUUUUCUUACCACAAUGGAACAUUCUCCCUGUCUCCUCUCCCUCUCCCUGUUCUUUAGAGCAGAUUUGAGGAGGGUGCACGGUGCAUGCUGGGGAGAAGGUGGUGAAGGCCCCAUUGCAGAAGUGGAAAUCAUUUUAUUGGCAGGGUAUGGUAGCUGAAUACCACUCACGCCUCUUCUAUUUUGCUAGUAUUACAUGGAGGCCACCAUCCAAAGCUUUGCUGCCAGUUUCUUAGCUAUGUUUAUUAUUCUACUUUGUGCAGACCAGUGGCCAGCAACCUGAAGUGUCAUAUCAGACCCCGGAGUCUCACAUUUCAUUGGCACCCUUGUGGGACAGCAAAAUUUGGUGCCGACCACCUCUUGCACUCCUUUCUAAAUCAUAGGCAUGGCAUCCCCUGUGGCGCCUGCAGGGCUCCAAUCUUAGCGUCACCAAAUUAGUUGUGCUCCCCUAAAUCUGCCUCUGAUCAUAUCUUGAACAUGUGGUUAGUGAGUCGUUGGUGCUCUGAUUCAGAGCUCCAGUUAUCUGUUACACAGUAGUCCUAGAAAUGCCCUUAGCCUAUGGCCCAACCCACAGCAGACCAUGCUUCAGAAGUGACAAUCCUCUCUUCUGCACUCUCCUUCCAAACUCAGUAGACUAGUUCAGAUGAUAUUUACUGACUUAUCCAGUGCAGUGAGGCCACACCUCUGCAUGUCUGGAGUUGGCCUACAUGUAAAAUACAAGAAAAAUAUUUGAAGAAUCAGUUGACUGACUGAGCCUAAACUGAGGAAAUGGUACACAUAGGCUGACUUCAGACAUUCUGUUUCUGUGGGGGAGGCAGAAAUGGGACCAGUGUGUGCCAUGGCCAGGGGAGACAAUCAUGGAGGUUUUUGUCACCAUAUUCUUAAUUUGUCAGGUGCAUGAAGGUACAUGCAUGAGCACAGAGGUGAAAUGGUUGUGAGCAGUGGCAAUGGAAAGCAGUAGAAGUUCUAUGCUGAGUUUAAAUAUGAGUGACUCCUGCACAACAGUAGUCACUGGUGAUAAUACUAUCCCUGCUAUGCUGAUUUAAACACCUAGAGAGAAAAAAUUAUGGCUAAAAUCACACAUGCAUUUUAAAAUGCUUUAAUAAUCACAUGGGAAUCUUCAGUUAAUUAUAACCAUGUUUCAGUUAAUUAGUGCCACCCUCAAGUGGUUCAUUUUCCAGUUUAAAUAUCACCACACACUCCUUUAGCUAAUGCAGAAGGGACCUUCGCCUCUCCUGAAUACUGGUCCAUACUGUCCUGUUACUAGACUGUGAUGAAAUCCCAUGAUAAGGCAUGUAACCCUGCCUUUCUACAUUACCAACCCACCUGUACCUCUGUCUCUAGUAGCACAAAACGAUUGCCUUAUCUAUAAGGCAAGCAUUCAUGUCAAUUUCAGCAGUGCAAUGCAUUCUAAAUUUCUUUUAUAAAAUGAAACUGUUACUGUUUACUCCAUUGGCCUUUUAAACACACAUCUUUCAUGUGAAUCCCCUCUCCUGUCACUGCUUUGAGACCCUCCUGCUCUCUUUCAGACUCCUAGGAUUUGCUGACAAUGGUAUUCACUGGCGCUCUCUCUCUCUCUCUCUCUCUCUCUGCCUUCCCAGUAAAGAAUUUUCAAAUGCUGCUUGUGACACACAGCCUGAUCCUAUGCAUUUUUAUGAGCAAAUAUGUGCCACUCAGUUCAGUGAAGCUUUCUCCCAAAUAAAUGUAUAUGAUUGUAGCUUUAGUUGUUUACAAUUCUGUAGAUGAAUGUCGGGCACUCGUGGACUAUAAGGUCCUUUUGAUCCCUUCGAACUCUACAAUUCUAUGAUUUUAUGAUUCUGUGACUUGCAGUUCUUGUCCCCUGCCCCAUUUCUUUGGCUACAGAUUUCCCUUUCACUCCCUUAAGGAAUUCCUUUAUUUUGACAUCAGAUUCCGACAUCUAGAUACACAAAAGAUCCCCCCCUUAAUGCUCAGAGACUCUACCCCAGGAUGAACAAAGUGGUGGUUUGUAGCUGGAUGGUGCUAAGUUUCACACACUGAUGAAAAUUUACCAGCCAAAUGUUUGACUGUAGUCCUCCACUUUGUGUAUUUGUUUAAGAAAACCUCUUCACCAUACCUAGUCAUCUCCUUCCUGGAGGGACAUAGGGAGAAAAGGAGACAGAUACUCACAUCCUCUCUUAGUGAGCUUCCUUUUCCAUGCUAUAACUCAGAAUUAGGUCAACCAGCCUGUUUUCAAAAUAUCACACUGAUUUCUGAACAAUUUUACAGUGAUGUUGCCUGAGUGUCUCUGCACAGGUAUUCUGAAGGGGAAGAAAGGAAAUAAUAGAAUGAUCUGCUGUUGGACAUUAUUUUUAGCUUUUAAAUAAAUCUGUCAUGCCAUUUGAAGCUCAGCCUAAUGACAAUAAUUAUAUGGGCUCUGAAGAAAUCCGAUUAGGUGAGCUAGGAAACCCAUAGCAACUAUUGUCGCUCAUUUUCUUGUAUGACAGGGUUGUCAUUCUGGUAAUUGCUGGAGCAUAUGCUUGAUGACUGCUUGAACUUAGAACCUUUUUCUUUGAAAAAAGAUCUGCAAAGUUGGAAACUGCCUGAAAGUCACAGCUAACAUAUUGAAUCUGAUAGCACUGUGGUACAUCAGAAGGCCUAUAUUAACAUUGCUAUAAAAAAAACCUACGCAGUUCAGCUGUUGACAUGUAUGGAAAGGAGAUGUGAGGAAGAAGGAUUUGAAGCAUACAAAAGAAAAUUAUUUUAAAAGAAAACUACUAGUGAAAUGCUAUGUUACUUAUCAAUAGAAAAUAUGGAGCUCAAGGACUAGGAGUAUGACAAUGGAUUAGUACUUCCUCAACCCCUAAAACCAGUAGCCAAUGAAAUGGAGUGGAGCUGGGAUGUGGAAAUGACAACACAACCAUAUCUUAUCACAAACUGCAUGAUAGCACAGAAAUAUAGGGGUGGGUGGAGAGAGAUGUGGUUCAGCACUAUCAGGAUUUUUGGCCUAUACUGUUUGCAUAUGAAAGUGCCAAAUGAUAUCAUACAUACAUGAACUGGGUCAGAUAUAUUAAAAAACUGUAACAAAAAUUAUUGACCGGAUUCAUCCUAGUAGAAGCCAGCACAAGGACUCCUGCUAGCGCAAUGGGUCAUUCUCCCUUCUCUUCCCCUGCAGGCGAAGUUCUGCCAGGCAGGUAGAAAUGUGUUUGCUGACAGACUACGCUGAAUUCUACCCAUGAUCUCAAUUGUUCCCAUAGCAAAGCCUAGGCACAGAAUGCUGAAAGGUGUUUCAUAUGCAAACAAUUUAGAUUAAAAUAACACGAUGCCAUUGCUGAGCCACAUCUUUCCUCUCCCCCACCCCCCACAAUAUUUCCCUGUCUGAUAUCUAUUCUGAGAGUCAACUCACCAAUUCCAGAAUAUGGUGAGUGUGAAGUGUAGGAGGGUGAGACCAAGGAAUGGCUUGCACAUGCAUGCUCCUUACUUGAUGUCUGCAGUGAUAAUUGAUGACUUGUAUGUGUAAAUAAAACAUCACAGAGCAAACAUCACAGAUUCUCAAGUGGAAUCCAUUUGAAUGGAAGUAGAGCCAUUCAUUUCAAUGUAUGGAAAUGCUUAAUCACAUUUCAACCCAUGAAUGUGGAAGAGAACCCUGGAUCACCCCGAUUCACCAAGUUAUUCACCCGCGCUUUCACACUUGGCCAAUGCAUAUCCCUAGUAUAGGGGUGUGUGUGUGUGUGUGUGUGUGUGUGUGUGUAUCCUAUAUCACCAAAAUUCCCAUCAACCCCCAGUAACCUUCAAAGAAGCCAAACCUAGCUUACGUACCAGGAGCCCCCCAAUAUCUCUUACCACUUUGGAGAUUUACUAUUAUGUUUUUGUUGAACCUCCAUAUUACUAUACUUGUGAUCUGCUGUAGUAUUAAUUGGAUGUUGAUGCUCCCGCCAUCUUUUGUUUCUGCAAGACAAGGCUCUUAGUGGGAAAGGUUGCUGCCUGAGCCCUUGGAGAACCACUACCAAUAAGAACAGAUGUACUAGGUUAGAUGGAUCAGUGGUCUGAUUCAGUAUAAGGCAGCUUCAUAUUUAUAGUUACAUUUCCUUGGAACUCAUUAUUUUAUUAAAUACAGCUUUUACUGUUUCUCCAUCAGUAACGGACUGAUGGAAUUUCAUAACUCCAGCAAGAACAAUGGGAUUAUAUAAUUUCCUGGUGUUCAAUUGCUCAUGAUGAAUGGGGAAAAGCAUGAAAUUGGGGAAAUGAGCGUGCAGAGCUCAUUUUCCAGGGUUGCUUGAAAUGCAGGCAUGAAGAGGAAAUGUGCUGCUAUCUGUCCCUCCGAGUGUAGGAGAAACACUAGUAUUCACAACGCUUGAUGGCUGCAUCUGUAGAGAGGAAAGAUCAUAGUGUGCAUCCCAAUACCCACUAGAUGAAAGUGAUUUAGGCAAAGGGUAACUUAACAGUUAGCUUUUCUAGGUAUAUCCACUCAGAAUAAGGCCUCUUGGGUUUGAUGGAACUCAGCUAACUGUGCAUAGCAUUUCAGCCUUAACGGCUGUAUGGCUCUAUAGUGGCAGCCAUCUUUCCCCUCAUACAUCGUCUCUGAAAGGAAUGGCAUUUUGACACAUCUCAUCAGUCUCACAGGCAUUUGCAAUCCCAUUUUAAUGCAGGUGGUUGGUGGUUUGUGACAUUUGAAGGUCUGGCGUCAACAUCUGAAGCAGCCCUGUUCAGGGAAGUUAAUACCCAGUCAGAUGGGCGGGGUAUAAACAUUAUUAUUAGUAGUAGUAGUAGUAGUUGUAGUGGUAAAUGUCACAUUUAACGCUCAUGUUAUUGAAGGAAAGGCAAAUAUAUUGAUAGAGUCAUUGUGCAGAGAGGACUGCAUCAAUAGUGCUUUGCCAAAGAUUCCUGCAGCUUGAGGCUCUCAAUGACAUUACUGAAUGCCUAGUAGAUAAAAUACGGAUGACUUAUGUAUUAAUUUCUCAUUAUUGUGAAAAGGGAGAUUAACCUGACUGACCUUUUAACAUAUACUUCUUACAAAGUGAAAUAUUUAUUUGUAUUCCCCUUCCUUCCUUAUAUUCCACCCCAAAAAAUGACAAAGAAAAAGGGGAGAAGGCCAAAUUCAUGACCUUUCCCCACAUUUUUCAAAUGCAUGUUUUACAUGUUUUUUGUUCACUUAUACUGGUCCAAGCAUCAGCUGCAUGGUGUCAAACAUAGAACACACAUGCAAAAAAUAAUCUAGGAAAAAUAUUUUUGUAGCAGUUGGCCACUUAACACAAACCUUAGUUCAGCAUACACUGCCAAGGUUUGAUUAUGGUCAACAAAAAUCUAAAGGUAUAUUUUGCUGUCUUCCUGCCUUACAUUCACUGAAGGCAGAAAAGCUCCUUCUAGAGUCAGCAGGAUUGCAACACACACAGACUGCUGCUACACUGGACGAACUACUGCUGUGUUGACAUGCUCUGUCAUAGGGAAAGGGGCGAAGGUAAGGCAUCAACACAAAAUCUGAGAAAGAGAAGAUCACAACCGUGCACUGAAUUAUUAUUUUUUGGUCAAUCAUGCAUCAAAUAUUGCAGUCCUGCUUCAGGAGAACUGGUUUAAUCCAUUCACAGGGUUAGUAGGACAGUCUUCAAUCCUCUGAAUGGAUUAAACCAGUUGCCCUGGAGGGAAAGUCGUGAGACUUGAAAUAUGUCGGGCCAAUAAAUAACUUCUGUUUAUUUAUUUUAAAUUCACAACAAUGUCAUGUGCAAAAUUCCUUCCCUCACACAGGGUCAAUAAACCAUUUUCUACACACUACCCUCUCCCUCCAUUUUUGUGCUGCAUCACAGAGAGGCAUUUUAUCUCUUAACAAAGGACUUUCUGGACCUUGCACAGGACAAUCAGGGAGGCAUCUCCCCAUUAGGCUCUAUACCCAGUGUAGCUGCUGUGCCUGAAGAUAGUAAUCUGCAUGCUGGAAGUGAUGGGGAGAUGGAAUGAGGCUGCUGGGCAGUCCUGUUCCUUCAUCUGGCAUUUUUAAAUCUUGCCCUUCACUGCAAAAUAUCCUUUUUGAGGCAGAAAGGGGUCUGCAUGAAGUAAAUUCCAGCUCACAAUGGAGCGUGUAAGCAUAGCACAGGCCUAACAGGGGAUAUUCUGAAGAAGGGACUCAUAAGAAUGCAAGAGUUCAAACCAAGGGUUAAUUUUGCCCAGCAUCUUGUUUAUCACAAAGGCCAGCCAGAUGCAUCAAGGAAGCCACCCAAGCAGGUUAUGAAAGCAAUAUACUUCCCAGUGUUUGCACUCAGCAGCUGAUAUUCAUUGUUAUACUGCCUUUGAACAUGGUUCUCUUUAACCAGCAUACCUAGUAGCUAUUGAUACUGUUGAUUGUUCCUGGUUAAUUUUAAAGCACCAUCAAAGCCACGACAUAUCCCCCUUCUUAAAUCAGUCUUUCAUGCAUUAAAGAACGGGAGUAGGGUCUCAUCCCAGCUGGAGUAUUAAAAAACCUAUGAAACAAACACCUGUCUAAAGGUUUUUGCCAUAUGGUGAAACACCAUGAAAGAGCGAGACAGAGGGAGAUCUUCUCAGACAGACUUCAGAUGUUGAGUGGAAGCUGAAUGUGCAUAGAUUUCCCUUUUAGUUCUUCUGCUCAAUGCACAAAUAUGACCCAAUGAGAGAGAGAGAAAAGUUAACCUUCCAUUUCCUUCAUACUGUGUGGUCGUAGUCGUCAUACAAUGUUCAUUUGAUGAACCACUUUCAAAAUUCCAAGAGUACAUUUCUUACCAUAAUGUGUUGAAUUUCAGCAGCAAAUUGAAAAUACUGACAUGAGAAGUAUUUAUACAUUAUCCGUUACUUAAUAUGAGAAACGUUCGCCUUUUUAUUUUAGCGCCAAAUAAGACUCGCAAUGAAUCCUGUACCAAAGUGACCUAAGCAAGAUUAAUAUAAUCCUAGUUAUAUCUGCUUCUUGUGGUUGACUGCCUCUUGGGUCAUAUAGUCGAUGAAAACAGCUAUUUUAAAACGUGUUUGCUUAUGUUUAAUUUUAAUAUAAUUAUCAUGUACAGUUUCUGAAUGCUGCCACAGUCACUUGAACAUUCAUUAUUUAUGAAAGUGCAUCUAAAUUAUAUUUAAAGCUUUGAUCUUCAAAAGACUUAGAAAGCAAUCUGGCUUCUUUGUUGUUUUAGCUGAUCGUUUUUUAAUGAAGCCUCUAUCUCACCACUCUAAUAUUCAAAAACCCAGGAUGUUACCAUGUUGCAGAAUUUCCCUUCAGAAAUACUCAUUGGAAUUAGUAGGUUUCUAGGGCUAUGAUAAUGCUCCACCACCCAUCAUCCUGUUCAGAGGAGAAUUUGAAAGAAUAUGAUAGUUUUUGCUUUGUUUUUUAGGUGGAUGAUAAUUUUUUUUUUAAGGGUUUGUAUGUCAUUGUUACUUUUUUGAAUUUUAUGUAAAGUUUUUCCAACUUUGGGGGCAGGGGGACUUUUUUCAGUGGCUAUUUCAGUGCUGCAUUUGGUCAGCUUAUAAAGUAGGACGGGGGAGUUUUAAUAAAAGGACUGUCUCUACUGCUGCUACCAGCUAUGGUGAACCCCACCCCACAUUAAAAAAAAAUCCCAAAAAUUACCAUUACUUUAUGAGGGCAUAGGGGAGGCAAAGUAAUUGUAUUUUGCCACACACCAUUUUUGAGCCUGGAGUACUUGGGCACUUUUUGAGCAGCCUUAUGAUUUGCAUCUUCUGUGAUACAGCACAUAUAUUUGGUGGAUAUUAUAAAAAUUCUGCAGGGGUGAUAAUAUGUCAGUGGAAACCUGACAUGGAUCAACACUUACUAUAUUUGGGCCAUAAUAGUUAAAGUCACUUCUUUUAGUCCUACAUUAUCUAUAUGUAAUGUUUUCUUCUCGUUCCUCUAGACAUCUUCACCAUUUUGUAAUUUUUAAAAAUAAAUUAGGUUGUUUAUAAUUACCUUCAUUGUAGUUUUUGUAUGUCAGUUGCUAUGGUCCUCAGAAUUCUGGCUGCAGAGAAGUUUUGUUAAAGUCAGUAUAAGUCAUCUGAAGGGUGUGGUUUGAAGAUUGACAUGAACAUUUCCUAAGAAUGCUGGUAUUUUACCCACUUUGGUCAAUCAUUGCAUUAUCUGGUUUUAUGUAAGCAACUUACGUAAUGUGGGAUUUCGUGACUAUUUCUUACAAGAUAAACCUUAAAUGCUACAAGAUAAUCCAUCUCUUGUUUGUUGUCUCAUGAUCUACUUUCCUAUAUAUAAAGAACAAGGUUACAAGGAGGACUUCCCCACUAUUUCAGUGUAUAUGUACGUGUGGGGUUAUAAUUCUUCUUGAUAAAUUUGGAUGCAGAUAAUAAUUAUUCCACUUCAAUUAAUUUAGAAUAAAAUAAUGUGGUCUUUACUAUGCACCUUCCAAGUUAUAUCUUAAUAGCAGGAUUCUUUAUUCAGUUUUCUUUAUUGGGCCUAGAUUAAUGUCACCUUGGAGCUGAUAUAUCUGCUAAUGAACCAACGAAACAGCUUCUGACUCUGAUAGUUCUUAUUUGCUAACCUGAUUGGACUUUUGGCAGGUAUAGAAACCACAGCAUUUGUAUUCCAGGAAACCAAAUUUCUUGUUAAGCUCCAAAAUUUCUAUGGUAAUAAUGUUAAAACUGUAUUGACCUUUUUUUGAAAAAUAAAUAAAUAGCACCAUCAUUUUAACAUUCUAUUCUGUAGCAGUGAGCUCUGAAUAAAAUCCCAAAAGAAACAUAACAGAAAUGUAGGAACUACAUAUUAUUAAUUUUAUUGAAAUGAAGAAACAUCCAUGAAACAAAAAUUGGUGGCACGAUAUCUUGGUGAUAAUUGAUUGGUCCACAAAUAUUACCACCUCCCAGUCUAUUUUGGCAGCUCCAGAAAGUGUGAAAACCAUGUGCGGAGGAACUAGGUUUAAAUUUUAAUUUUGUGCUUCAUCUUCAGCCAUGCCGAAAUACAGUUAGCAGCAACACAUGUUAAUGACAGAUAAGGGAAUUGUUGCUUCUCAUAUAAUUAUGUUGCUCUUGCCAUAGUGGAGUCUGGCAGUAGAGCCAGCCGUAUCAUCACAUUAUUAGGGUAGUUACUCUGUUUGACAAGAAUCCAUUUUUACACAGUCACAGAGGCAUCUUUUGUGAGUUGCGCUUCUGGAGCAUAAAAAUACAGAAUAUUUUUUGCUGAACCUUAUAAGGUACUUUCCAUACAAAAUGCACUUUUAUGUGUACAAACAUACAGGGUUGAUUCAGAAUAAAUCAAGAAGAAUAAAAUAAACAUGUGAAUCUCAACCUGUCAAAGAACGGGCAGAGCUGCUUUUCCAUAGUGUUGUGCUUUACCAUGUUGGAAUUUUACCUCAUCUAUCAGCUGUUUCGUUAAGCCCCCCAUCCACCAGCAAGCCUCCUGAACUCUAUUCAUCAAUUGCACUUAAGAUUUAACUAUUAAGCUCACUUGCAACUAUUAAGCUCACUUGCAAAGCAAUCCACCACCACCACCAUAUUCCAUUGCGCUGGCCAGAAUUGGAUGUGAUAGGUGUGUUGCUCCACCUAACUCCACUGGCAGUGCUGGAUUGCUUUUCAAGUGAGCUCCAUUGAAAUAAAUAGGACUUACUUCCAAGUAAACAUCUUUAGUGCAUUGUUGUUGUUGUUUAGUCAUUUAGUCAUGUCCGACUCUUCAUGACCCCAUGGACCAGAGCACGCCAGGCACCCCUGUCUUCCACUGCCUCCCGCAGUUUGGUCAAACUUUAGUGCAUAGAUAGGGGCAAGCUAGACUUAAUGGGGCAGCCACAUAUAUUUACUCAUAUGUCUGCCCUAUUCCCUUAUGCAGUGUACGGGAGGGUGUUCUGUUCUAUGCAUGAAAUGGAACGUGCCUCACCUUGCUGCGCUGCAUUGGAUGAAUCACUUCAAUAUCAGAAGUGAACUGGGCUGGGAGAAAAUGGCUUGAGGAAAUUGGAGCAAUAAGGUAAGUCAGGGGAGGGGAUUGGUUUUAGAUCUACACCAUGUAAAUAAAAAAAGCUGCCACCUACCCUGCUUUAUAUGUAAAUGGGACAGAUGUGAAUAAAAUCUGCAUAGCUGCCUCAUCAAAUCUAGUUUGACUGAGAUUACUGGCAAAUAUUAGGGGGCCUGCAAAGAUGUGCAUUUGAGCUGCAUCAAAGAAAAUUGUAAAAGGGAAACAUUUAUGGUUUGCAAUGUUUGCAGAAUCUAAGAAAAAGAAGAGAUGGCUAAUUUCAUUUUCACAUACCUUGCUUUCAGCACAAUACUGCACUCUGAAUUUCAUUUGAUUCUUUAUAAUCACCAGUAUUCUGACAGCUGAUUAAAAUUCAGAAUUGGCUUCUCCUUGGAAAGUCAUUUAUAUGUGGAACAGAAACAGGAAAACCAGCUAUAUACUGCUGUGAAUCAAUAACAUUUUCAUAUAUAUGUAAUUGUGAAAGUUGCUGUGGGAAUUCACUGUCAUCUUAAUGGUGUAUGAGAAAUAUAUAAUAUAAAGCAAUUGAAACAGUUUAGUACUCAGAAUCUCAAACUCAAUCAUUCUGUUCUGCAGGAAGAACAACGAACAUCUUCUGGCACACUGCCUCUUUAAAAAGGAUAGCAAAGCUAAUUGGAAAUAUGCUGCAAAAAGUAUCAAUGUGGCUAGCAGAAAAAUAAUACUGUAUUAGAAUAAUGUAUGUGCAUCAUGAGUAAUUAAAAGUCUAGUUACUAAACAGUAUGUCUGGCCCUCCCAGCUAGAUCUCCACGGGAAGCUUUAUUUUAAGAUGAAAGCAACAGAAUUAUUUUAUUUAUUCAUUAAUUUUUUAUCCCAUAAUUCUUCUAAGGAGCUCAGGGCAUCAUCAUCAUUUUCAUUUUUAAGUCACCUGACUCAAGAAAGUCUAAAGGGAACUUACAUAAAAAAGUGUUACAUUUUAAAUACAAGAGUUGCACACAAGUUUUUAAAACUUGAAAAGUUGUCAUAUGCUUAUUCUGAAAACAACAAUAAAAAACUCUGCCUCUCCUCAACAACAUAUGAACUGACCCAGACCCUGCGACCAUCAUGUGAGACCAUCCUUCAUGUGACCCCCCUCCCACAAGAGGUCCAGAGGAUGACAAAACGAGAACAGGCCUUUUCUGUGGUGGCUCCCCAUUUAUGGAAUGCUCUCCCUAGUGAAGCUUGUCUGGUAUCUUUGUUACAUAUCUUUAGGCACUAUGUGAAAACGUUUCUCUAUAACCAGGGCUUUGGCUAAUUAAACAAUCUAUGGCCUUUGAAACUGUGUAUGGGUAGGAAGGAUUAUCGUUUCGUGCGUUACUAUGUUAUGUAUUUUUGUCUUUUUAUAUUGUAAACAUGAAGGGCAGUAUAGAAAUUUAACAAAUAAUAAUAAGCAUGAUUGCCAUGAAAAUUAAUCCUCUAAAAAUGUCCAUGAAAAUAGUGAAAGACAGCAGAGUCUCUCUGGGAAAAGUGUCUCAUAAACUGAUGGAAAAAGAACUCUCCUCUUUCUUGUCAACCAGUCUUUUAGUUUCUACCAAAAACUGCAAAUGACCUCAGGCUUUGGGUAGGCUCAUAUGGAUCACAUGGGAGGAGGCAUUCCAUAAAGUAUUGGAGUCCUGAACUGUGCAGGGGUUUAUAGCUUUAAACCAGCACUUUAAUUUCAAUCCGGGAACAUUCUGCAAGCCAGUGAAGCCAGGCCAGAAUUGAUGUAAUAUGUCAACUCAUUCAGUUCCUAUUAACAAGCUGGUCACUGAGUUAUGCACCAGCCACAGUUUCUGGACUGAAAGGGCUGUGAGCUCAGUUCCUGCACUAAAAACAAAUUACUGGGAUGAGGAUUUAUAUGUCCACCUCACUUUCUCAGCCAAUAUUGGGCACACAAGUGCAGCUGGUGGGCCUUGGAGUUCUAGGACGGGAAACUAGAUCUUGAAAACUUGAAGUCCGCCCAUCUAUGUCCUAGUUUGGAGCAGGUAGUCCUCUGUUUGAAGGUAUCUUCUGUUUAAAAGGGCUGUCUAUUCAAUGCCCAUUUUAAAGAAAAAGAAGCAUAAGAGAAGAGCAGGAAGGUCCUUGAAGAUGCCCAUCAACAGGGUACUGAGCAGGGACACAAACCACCCAUAGUCAACUAUAGUGAGAUGUAGUGAUUUUUUCCUAUUAAAUUUAAACUAAUUAUUUCUAAAUUUGCAUCUAUACAUAUAACUUAGUCCAUGGAAAUCUGAUGCAAAUACAUGCCAAAAUGGUGACGUAUUUACUUUCUAUUUUGGUGAUGCAUAUGUGGCCAACCUAAGACAAACCUGAUGCAAUAGAAGUGCUAAGGCAGAAAGGGAGGGGGGGAGCCUUCUAAUCCCUUCCCUAUCUCUGACUCACACAAAGACACAGACAACACAGCAUUUAUAAAACUUUCAGACAACCAAUCACUAUUACAGUAUAGUAAAACCCACGCUUUAAAAAUUGAUCCACUUAACAAAUUUGAUUAAAUCUGAAAUACCAGCAUAGCAAACAUCAUGUCUCGCUGCCUAUGGAAAUUGAUUCUUAUGCACUGUUAAACAUCUUGCUGGUUUUAUAAAAUCUACAAACUCUACAAGCUACCAAGUUCCCUGCUUCAUUUUUGAAAAAUGCCACAGCAGCUGUAUAUGUCAUGCAACUUUGAUGAAGAGAGAAAAUGAGUUUCCUCCAUUCGUAGAAGGAGAGUUGUUGCCAUGGGGGGACCUUACACUCAUGGAAAGUUCCCUUUCAUGAGCAGAACUCUCCUGCUCAUGGAGCAAAAAGUUAGAAUUCAAUCCAUUGUCUUUUGUAGAUAGAAACAGAGCAGAUGUUUUGAACCUUACACAAGUGAUUUAAUGUAAUUUUCACUAGAUAAAAAAAUACCAUUACAGGCUAUAGUGGGAACAUUUAAAUGAAAUACACAUAUUUUAUUUCUUUUUAUCUCAAGUCCUCAUUGAUCUUGCUUCAGCUGAGUUAUCUAUUGCUUUCCAUUUUAAAACUUUGUUUUCAGAUAUUUCACUGGGAAAGCUCAGUGAGAUAUUUUAUCUCACUCUCAUUGGUGUCCUGGGGCUAUCAUGUAAGAAAGUAGCAGAAAACAAUUUCAAGGGCAACAUAAAUAAUGGGGAUUGAAUAAAUUGAAUAGAAGUGUCAACAACUUUAUUGCAGGAAAAAACACCUUGCUCUUGCACUUUUUUUAAAAAAAAGUAUAUUCUAUACAUUUUGGUGGGCAGUAAAGUUUCCAAAUAGCAUGUAGAUUUUGCAGUGGUUUCUUCGAUUUUAUUCAGGGAGUUGCUAUGUAUUCUGGCAUGUCUGAAGUGGAAUAUGAGGACACAACCUUCAAUACUUGAAAAUCUCAUUCAUUUUAAUAGUAAGUGUGCCAUUCAAAAACCUUCAGAGUCAGACAGGAAUGCAAAAGUGUUUAUCCACAUCUAAAAUCAAAUUUCUACCCGCUCUGGUGUCACCUUUGCUAGCAUUUUACCAAACUAUGUUUCAAAAGAAGUCUUUAUAUGAACAAAGACACUGGCUUAAGAAUUCCAUGGCCAUGCCCCCUGAUGCAAACGCAAAUGUGCACAUGCAAAUGUGCAGAUGUCAUUCAGCCUACUUUGGUCCACCCAGCAUCUUCUCUACCCCUGGGCUCUCUGCAAAGUGCUGCUGGGUUGCAGCUUUAUGCAGCCAGGAGCAGCAGCAUUGUGGACUUCCCUUGAACAUCUAGACAGUGCUCUUAAGUUCUUAUGAUUUAAUACACUCUAGCUUUAGCUAUGAUCCCUCAACAGACAGUCUUUGAUUUCUUAAAAUUUAGAACUUACUUGGAACACACAGUAUUAAAAAAACAGCUUUCACCCAGAGCAUCUUAUUGCCCAUGAAGCACUGCUGUUUUUCAAAUAGAUGGUGGUGGAAUAAAAAGAUGAUUUAAAGCAGCACCUUUCCCAUGGCCUAGAUCCCUCUAUAACUUUUACUCAUGAGUAAGAAAAGAAAAGAAAAAAUAUUUAAGAACAUAAGAUUGCAGCAUUUGGGACUUUUGUUCAGAGAAAAGAUGCGCAAGACAUGAUAGAAGUUUAUAAAAUUAUGCGUGGCAGGGAGAAAGUGGAUAGAGAAAAGUUUUUCUCCCUCUCAGAACAUCAGAACUUGUGGACAUUCAAUGAAGCUGAAUGAAGACUGAAGAUAGAUAAAAGAAAGUACUUCUUCACACAGGCAGUGAUGGCCACCAACUUGGAGAUCUUUAAAAGAGAAUUAGACAAAUUCAUGGGGGGAGCAUUAUCAAUGGCUACUAGCCAACCGGGAUAUGCUCUACCUCCACAAUUGUAAGCAGCAGUGUUUCAAAAUACCAAUCUCUGCAAACUUCAGGGUGAGAAUGUGACCUUGCGUUCAUGUUCUUAUUGCAUGUUUCCCACAGGUAUCUGUCUGGCCGCUGUGGAAACAGGACACUUAACUAAAUAUGCCAUUGGCCUGAUACAGCAGGCUAUUCUUAUGCUCUUACGUUAAGCUAUUUGCCACUUAUUCCCAAACCACAAUUAACAGGCAGCAAUAACAGGAAGGAGGGCCAACAAAUGGGAAAUCUAAAGGCAUGGAAGCCCUGAAAAUAUCUAUGAUUCAAAGUGGAUAGGCUGCAACUGCAAAAAAUAAAUAACUAGAUUGUCACAACUCAGGGAUGGAAAAAAAAUACAGGAGAACAGAGAAAACACUGGACUGCAAUGAUUUGACAAUUUUGGCUGAAUUCCCUGAAAAAAGCAAGUCACCAAACCAUGGCAAUUCCAGAGAAAACUGCUAGUGUGGAAGAAAUCUUUGUCCAGGUAUUUCCCCCAGACAACUACCACUUACCAUGCUUCUUUUUCCUGCUGAGUGGUAGCUCAUUUUUUGUGGGAGAGAAAUAGCCAGUGUCAUGUUUACAAGCCAAUUUGUUGUGAGCACAGAUUUACUACUUGGUUCACAUCUAAAAGCAUGCUGUGUAUAAUCUGAAAUUUGGCAGCGAUAGCCAAGAAAUGAAGUCCUUUUAAACUUGAUUGGUACAAAUUCCAGAAAGAAACUAGUGAAUUGAUUGUUCUCUUGCUAUAAUGGUAGAAUAUUUUAGUUUGGAAAUGUCAGAACCGAACCAUGAAAUUGCCCUACUCCACCACCCAGUCAGGAGGACUAGGCACCUCAUGUGUCAUGACAGAGGCAAGAAAUCUGAGUAUCUGUACCAAAGUGUAACAGGUAAUAUAGGCAUCAUAAGAGAGAACAUAAUCUAAACCACCAGCACAGACUUGCUGAUGUAAAUGGUAUCCCCCCCCCACUGAAUUCCUCUUUCUCUGCCCAUAUUGCCGGUUUGGUAUAACCACAUACUUUGUAGCUGCCGGGACCUCAGUACAGAAGUAGGAUACAUUGAUAAUGUCUUCCUUUUACAAAUAAUCUGGUUCUGGGAGCUGCCAUUUUAAUUUCCGACAAUGCUUCACAGUAAUGCUAUUUUGGGAUUAAUUGGUUCAUGAAAGCAAUUGCAUGGUACUGUCACUAGGUAAGCCAGAAGGGACCACUAAUGUAAGGGGGGGGGCACAAAAUAACACUUUGUCUAUGGCCCCCUCAAACCUGGAGCUCUUCCAUAAUAUAUAGUUAUGGAAACUUUUCUCCAUUCCUUUCACCAUUUCUAGACACUGCAUGGCCAAGAAAUACAUCGUGUAGUGACAUCAUCAUGCCCAUUUUCAUUACAGUGGUACCUCUGGUUACGUACUUAAUUCGUUCCGGAGGUCCGUUCAUAACCUGAAACUGUUCUUAACCUGAAGCACCACUUUAGCUAAUGGGGCCUCCUGCUGCUGCGCCGCCGGAGCACAAUUUCUGUUCUCAUCCUGAAGCAAAGUUCUUAACCUGAAGCACUAUUUCUGGGUUAGCGGAGUCUGUAACCUGAAGCAUAUAUAACCCGAGGUACCACUGUAUAAGCAGAUGAGAAGGAAGUCAAAUGAAACUUUUGCUGUUUUCAAUAGCAAAACUAUCAGCCGUCACCUUCCCUUCUGAUCCGAGGUUAAAAGGAGUAAGCAUAUUUUCAAGAGUGAUAAACUGUCAAAACACAAUACUUUUUCAUAGAAUUGUAGAGUUGGGCGGGCCCUGGUGGGCCAUCUAGUCAAACUCCCUGCAUUGCAGGAACCAUAGCCGAAUAAUUCCUUUCCAAUGCUCAUGAGGAGUGCAGAGUUAUGAGGAAAUGUGUUCAUGAUUUGGACCCCACAAACAUAAUAGAACAGGAAUGUCCUUCAGAUGUUGCUCAACUCCAAGCUCCAUUAGCUUCAGUCAGUUUAGUCGAUGGUUAGGGGUGAUAGAAGUUAGAAUCCAACAUCUGUAGGCCACUACAUUGCUUUCCUUGUAACAGAAGCAACCCUAGUAACAUGGCAGUAAUUUGGCAACACCACUGCGAAAGCAGGAUAAAAGGCAGGCCAUUGAUCUGUGAAAAUUACUUAGUAUUAACAACAGCUGGACAAAGGAGACUUAAAAUGCACCUUCAUGUAGGGCCAGCAGCUAAAUUUAAUCAGUUAUUCAGGGUAGGGGUGGUAUUCUACAACAUGUGUCAUGCUGAAUGCAAAUACAUAGUUUGCUGCAAAUGCAAUCUACUCUUUUCCCUUGGAAGGUUUUCAUAAUUUCCUUUGUCCUUCCGGGGCUUCCCGAUGAAGCGGUAACAACAUAAUAUAUCACAGCACACAGAAGACAUUGUGGUAGGCUGUGCCCAAAAUAUUAAAUAUUCUAUUCAGUUUGCAGGAAGUGUACCACAUGUUUCAUAAUCAGGUUCUUUAACCAUGAAGACCAUGGAGAAUAACAAAAUUCUGGAAAAGAUAUAAAGAACAAAUGCAUAAUUCAAAACACAAAUGUAAGAGUCUAGUCUAGUUGCAUGAGGGAUUAAUAAUAACUUUUUAUCUAUUUGAAAAAGACAAGGACAGAAUAAAUUGCAGAUGCUAUUUUAUAUAUAUUUUUUAAAUCUCUUGCCUCCAGUUACCUCAGCCUAUCAAACAAACUGCAUGCCAUGUGACUGCACUAAAACUUCUGGUAUUGUUUUAGUAUAUAAAGAUAAUAAUGUAUACUCCAGUUUAAUAUUUAUACCAUCUUCUAAGAUAACCUAUGUAGCUUAUGUUGCAAAAGCAAACAGAACUAUUGUUGCAGAUUCAAAAGUACUACAUUGCCAUUUCCCAUAGCAAAUAUAUGGUGUGUGGAUGACAUUUAAACAUUGUAACAUGAAUCAGGAAAACUGGUUCCUUGUAUGUGAGAAAAUGUAUAUGUCACACACACUCUUUACAUGGCGAUUGUACCACCAAUGUACAUGUCAUAAUGGUCAGCAAUGUAGUGGGCUUAACCUGAAACUGUUCUUAACCUGAAGCACCACUUUAGCUAAUGGGGCCUCCUGCUGCUGCUGCUGCGCCGCCGGAGCACAGGGGAGAUGGCAAAAUUUUAAGACAGGAGUCAGUAAACGUUUUCAGCAGGGGGCCGGUCCACUGUUCCUCAGACCUUGUGGGAGGGCAGACUAUAUUUUGGGAAAAAAUAAUAAUGAAUUGAAUUGCUAUGCCCCACAAAUAACCCAGAGAUGCAUUUUAAAUAAAAAGACACCUUCUACUAAUGUAAAAACAUGCUGAUUCCUGGACCGUCCGCAGGCCGGAUUGAGAAGGCGAUUGGGCCGCAUCCGGCCCCCGGGCCUUAGUUUGCCUACCCAUGUUUUAAGACUUUUUCCACAGUGGGAGCAAUGGCAUCAUCUUCUCACUCUCUCAUGCAAUUGUCAGAUCCUCCUUUCUCUGGCAAGUAAAUGAGGUGAUAUGGAGGCUUUCAAUUUUUACUUAUUGUUUGUGCCAGAUUAAUACAGUAUAGGGAAAUCAGAGAGUGAGGGAUGUAAUCAAGACUUGAUAGUUCUUUCCUUUGAUUUUUUUUUAAAAAAAACUUAAUAUGGUCACACUUCUUUGCAAGACUGUUUGCAUUUCUAAUUUAAAAGGUUGAAAAUCAGCUGACUGAAGAUCUUUCAUCAAAGCUCAAUAUAUUUUACAAGGAUCUAUGUAGUUUGAAGGAAGCAUCCCGAGUUCAACUGAGUUCAAGCUUCAGCCAAUAUGAUUGUAAUGGAGAGCUUCCUUUUUAGUUCCUAGAAGUGGCAUGGUUCAGUGUGGUUCACGUGCAUGUUCCCUAAUAUUCAGUAGUGGCUACUUUGAUUGUCUCCUUUCUCAUAAUACCAAAAAACGUACUUACGAAAACACUAAAAUUUAGCAGCAUAUGAGCAAGUAAAAUGGGCAGUGGAGACCUAUAUCCCCCUCCACAUUUUCAUAGACAGACAGGCUGAGUGAGUUCAACAGUUCAAUGAAGAAAAUAAUCAAAUAAAGCAGAAAGUCCUCCAAACGCUUGAUAAUGUUUUCAUUUGACUCCUUAGCUUUUUUGCACAUUUUGUUGUUUUGGUAACCAUAGUCCUACUUCUGAGCUAAAGCUUUAUUUAACACACCUAGAAUACAAUAAUAAAUAUAUGGUUGUUAUGGUCGGUAGCUGAAUUAGUGGGCUGCCUGGCUAAGCAGUGGAAUUGCUAUUCUGAAGAAAUCCCUCCCAACCUUGUCUGAACUUAAUUAUAUUAAACUAAGCUAUUGUGCUCGUAGUCUAACUUUUUGACCUCAUGUCAAAAAAAAGAAUAAUCUAACUUUUUGACCUCGUGUAAAAAAAAAAAUCACCAAUGCAAUUGCCUGAAAGGUGUGUGUGUCUUAUUUUGGUAAAGUUGAAAAGGGCACCUGAACUUCAGGUGGGUUUCAAAGCCCACACACAGUAAAUAAUGAGUCCUGCCUGGAGCUCUCCAGGCACUUUCACAGUUGUGCUCAGCAAAGGUCAGGAAAAGAAAAGAGCUCAUCAGAGAAUAUUUGGCCACAUUAAACUAUUCCAGCAUAGCAGAACCUGACAAAUGACACCCUUGGGUGCUGAAACAAUGUGUGAGGGUGCUGGGGGGGAACUAAGCCAUAUGCAAACUUCCCAGAGAGGACUAGCAAGACACAGGAGAUAGAAGUGUGGGCUUAUUUUGCAAUGGUUAGUCUUCCAAUGAAGAACUGUGCGGAGUACUUAAUAAAUGUGGUAAAAAAUUUGGAAUGCAUCAAGUAAUAAUAAAGUACUUGGGUUCAGCACACAAAAGUGUUUUUCACAUGUUAAGAACCUUUCAUCAAGAACUUCCGGGGUGGCGCCUCCGGAAAAUGGCGGAAUUCCCUUUGGACUGAAGGGAACCCGCUGCACGGAGGCUUGGGUCCUGCCGCUACGGCGCAGCGGGGACCCGCAAAAACCACAGGCGGAAGAAGCCUGUGGACGUGGGACUCGGCGGGCACCGGAGCGCUCUCUCCCCUUGUACAAGAGCCCGGUAACGGGCUCCGGAGUGGAGGUGCGUGGUGCUGUGAGUCGACUGCUUCCUCCGUGCAGCAAAGCCGCACUGCCGUUAUCGGAGAGCGCUGCCUUUUUCCUGGACAAUUUGGCAUCUAAAAUAUCUAUCCGUGAGUACCUGAUCUUGGAAGAGUUGAACCACUUUUAAGACUGGUGAAUAAACAAAUAAUAUUGGACUUGAAAUUGAACUUAAUUGGGACUCGGAAUGGGAAGGUCUAAACAGGAAGUCGCCUUCCGUUCUUUUGUUAUGAGAAGAAAGCAAAGACAAAAUAUACUAAAGCUUGAAAAUUAAAUUCUAAGAGAACUAGAAUUCAACAUCUAAGAUUUCUGAACCCCCCCUUUGACUGCAGGAGAAGAAGGGGGUUGUAUUUGGACUUUUCAAUCCUGCGGAAGUGAGUUUAAAAUAAAGCAAUUUUCCACCGCCCUGAACCAGGAGCGGGCUGUCAGAAUUGACGUUUUGAAGUUUAUCCAGCUCGACAGUUAGUUAAAGAAGGGUAACAUUUUGAUUCUACUGUUGCCACUUGAAUUUUGAAGGGUAAAUUUUGUAUAAAUUGUUUCUGGAAAAACAAAGAUUGUUGCUUUUGCUUUUAUUCCUUUUAAAAAAAAAAAAAAAUUUCCAUCUAGUGGAAUUUAGUGAAAUUGCAACGCAGAGAGAUUAAAGAGAAGGACUAUUGGACUAUUGUCGUGGGAAAGAAUUUUCUUUGACCUUGAAGGACAAUGCUAGUACAAAGGCUUGAACAAUUGUUCAUGGAAGGUUUUUAUAAACUAAGUGCCCAGCUGGACCAGAUGCGUCAGGAGGCGACCUUGAUGAUGGAAGUUACCAGAGCACAGCAGCAAACAAAUGAAAUUCAGUUAAAGGCUAUACAAGCAUAUGAACCUGCUGUAGUGACGGAGGCUUCAGAGAUGGAGGGACCUUUGGACGGGCAAGAUCAGCCUUUGAACUUGAUAAAUGAACUUGGGACAAACCAGAUUCGGAAAGAUGAAAUGUGGUCAGAUUUGGAAAUGGGGGGAUGGAUCGACCCCCCUCCAUAUGGUUAUUUGGACCUUCCGAGUCUGGUGAUGGGCUAUCAGAGGAUUGGAGUAGCCGAAGUCUCCAAGCUUUGUGGAAAUUUGAAGUGGUAUUAUUUGCUGUCUGGCUUGGGCAAUGGGUUUGGGAUGGACUUGCUGCAAAGGGUCAAAAGCAUUUUCUUGCUGGAGCAUCCACGACUGGAAAGGAAUCAUCAACAAGAGUGGCGAAAGGGGCAAGAAAGAGACUUGAGGGCCUCGGAUACGAGACAACCAGGUUAAGGAGCCGGAUUAUCGAGGUUAAAAGGACUGACAAUCCGGGUCCAGGGGAGGAGGUUGGAAGCUGACUGGACUGAAUUUGACUUAUUAUUUUUUCUUUUUUAUUUUUUAAUAUUGGGAAUGCUUACAAAUGUUUGAAGGAUGUUGAAUGAAAUUACUUGGCUUAAGUAAGGAUUGGUAAAUGAUUCGUAAAAAGGUAAGGAUGCAAGAAUUUGGUAAAUAUUGAAUAUAAGCUAUGAGUUUUAAAGUUUUUAUAUGACAAGAGGGAAAAUAGAAUAAGGAAACGUAAUGACAGAUUGUUAUGAAAAAACAGAAAGGAUUUGCUGUAAAAAUUAAAAAUUAAGAAACAAAAGAGGGGAGGAGGAGGAAGUCUAGAAAGGAAGUCAAUAGAGAUUGUAAAGGACUUUAUAUUUUUGUUUUUCUGUUUCUCUUUUUUUCUUUGCGGCUGGGUUUUCUUUUCUUUUUUGUUUAUGUACUAUUUUUGUUUUUUGUAUCCUCAAAUUUUUUUGGAAAUUUUUGUUGUUAUUCUUUGAAAAUUUAAUAAAUAUCAAUUAUAAAAAAUAAAAUAAAGGGGGAAAUAAUGAAGACGAUAUGUUUUGAUAAUUUGCUAUGCUGAAAUUCCUAAUAAAAAUUAUUUUUUUUUUUUUAAAAAAAACCUUCCAUCAAGAAAACUCUCUUUACUAAAGUCACUGUUGAGAAAAUAGCAGAAAGUACGAGGGCAGGGAAUUAGAUCAUGUGGCCAUUCAAAUGUUUGUUGAACUCCAGUUCUCAGCAAGACCAAUGGACAGGGAUGAUGGGAGUUGAAAGCCAGCAACACCUGGAGCAGCACAGGUUCCCCAUCUCUGUAAUACGAUGAUGAGAGUAAACCAUAUUGAAGCUGGAUAGUGGGAAUAACUUAUUAAAAAAUAGUUGGACAAUGGCACAAAUUUCCAGAUAAAAUAUAAAUUCACCACAGGUUUUUAAAUAAAGACUUGGCGGAGAAUACUGUGUCAAGUGGUGACUUGACCAUCACUUGAGAUUUCAUAACUCUCAGCUUAGUAAGAAUGAAUAUGAAACAAGUUCUGCUGGCUUUUAUAAAUCAACUAUCAUUUAUCAUAUCCCCGUCUUCCCACACUUCUCCCUAAAUUAUCAUUAUUCUUAUCUUUUUCAAACAGAAUAAAACCACACUGACAAGAUGGUGCUGCCAUUGCAUUUUAUUGCAAUAAUCAAUCAAUAUAUCUAUCAAUCAUCACUUCAAAGCAGCCCUGAAAAAACACCCCUAUCUUAGACUUAACUCAUCUUUGAACUUGCUUACUCAGCCUGCCCACUUUACAGAUGGUUUUCCAAGCCUGCUUACCUGCUUGUUGGCUUUGACCUUGCACAUACCACACUCUCCCCUACUUAUUUCCUUUCCCUUUGCCCAACCCUACAAAGAACUGUGUUUGUCCUUUAUUCUAAAAAUGUGUCAGCAUUGUAAUUUAUCAAAUAAACAAAAAGCCAUUCCCUUCGUCUAUACAUUAAAUCAUGCAUUCAGCCCCCACUGCUCUUAAAUGGCAAUGCAUUCAAUGAAAUUGCAUGCAAAACAUACACUGGCAAGUCAUGGCAAGACAUACAAUGAAAUAAGGACAAAAGAAAUCAGAAAUUCAAUGCUGGGAAUGAAUGGUGCAGUGGAGGAAGAAAAGAAAAAUUAACAAUAGUUUCUCUCCCCUUCAUUUAUUUUCUCAGGCUAUCUGUCUUUUCCUAAGUAGUUUUGAAUAGGACACUAGUAACAAUUAUCAGUACAGCCUUCCAAGUAGUUUUUUUAAAAUAAAAAAAGUCUUCAAAAGUUCCUGAGCCCAUUUUAAAAAUUCAAUAGGAAUUUUAAUUGACUAUUAAAUACAGUGCUAUGCACAAUAAGAUCAUUACUGUACUUCUAUAGAAGAAUACGAAAAGAAAUGUGGUAUUUUAGCGGUAGGGAAGAGAACCUGUCUUUUCAGGAGACAUAAAAGCUGCUACAGCAAAAGAAACAAUUAUGCAGAAACAGCAAUAGCAGAAUAGUGUGUUUGUUUGUGUGUGUUUGUUUAAGUGUAAAUGCUUACAUUUGUUUCUCUUCCUCUGCUCCAUCCUAAGUAUCAACUCUUUCUCAAUAUAAUAUAUGGAGUUAUUAGGUAAAAUAACUUUUCCCAGUUGUAGUUGCUUAUGGAUCUGUAGUCAAUUGUGGAUCUUUCUGCUUCUUUAUUUUAUUCUGUUCUUAAACAAAGGUAAAUACUUUACUAAUUAAAAUGGGGAAUAGAUUUUCAAGGGCAGUUGUGUAACUCAUGCUGUUAUCCUCAUUAUUAACAGCAGGAGAAUAUAUUUCAAAGCCAACAGAGGGUCUAUCAACUGACCUCUCUUCCCUUUUUUUGCCAUAGUGGAGCAUGCUCAACAGCUCUUCUGAAAAAGUCCCAGAAGUGUGUCUGGAAGAGUAAACAGAGGGGCUGCUCUAGAGGAGUUCAGAGGAGGCCUGGAUAUUUGUUUUCAGCUAUAAGAUGGGUGGCAUCAGAACUGCCAGCAGUACAUGUGAAAAGGACUUACUAGACCAGAAGAUAAACAUGAGUCAGCAGUGUGAUGUAGCAGAAGCUGCAGCAGCAGAAGUACGGUGUCCAGAUCAAGAGAAAUAAUAGUACCACUCUGUUCUGCCUUGGUUGGACCACAACUGGAAUACUGUGUGCUAUCAUUCCUCAUCUUCAGUUUUCCAAAAACUUGCUCAACUUCUGACCAAAAUUUCUGGUAUCCUUCCAAAUGAUGACAGAAAUAUUUAGGAAUUUCUCUCUGAAGUAUAAGUGAAAUUCACAUUGUGAUGUAUUUGAAUACUGUGCAAGUCGUAUAAAACUCAUUAGAGAAGAUAAGUGUCUGGUGGCCUUUUGUUUUCGUUGAAAUGAUUGCCCACCAGACAAUAAAGUCUAGAAGACAAGACACAACUCUAGAAACCCACUUGGUAUGAUACGCUAGUCACAAGAUACAGUCUAUGCACAUUGUUUCCAGUCUCAAAGGGCUUUAUUAAAAAUUGAAAGCAUAUGCAAUAGCUGCUGAACUGGAUAAGGUUUGAUUGGGUCCUCCAGGGAUAACUGUACAUAACAGGCUGUUUUCCCUUUCUAAAAAGAGACCCUCUGCUCUCCUUCCUUUGACUGUGGCAAGCCUUUGCAAUGCUGAUGGACAUUAUUGUAAUACCAAUUUAAUAUAUGUGUAUACAUAUGUGUGGAGCAUGUAUUUGCUUUUUUAGACACUACAGGGCAUCUUUCAUUGUUGAAAUAAAAAAAAUGAAACAGAGAGAUGAAGAACCUGUUAUGUUUGUAAUGGAAGAACUCAUAGUCAAAAAGAGCCACACUCAAAAAUCCCAGUUCUAAUUGAGUGGGUCUGAGAACAGCACAUGCUACUGACCCCACACAAUUAAACAGUGAAGCAAACCAGCCAAAUACAGACCCUCAGGGCACAUAAGGCAUAUAUCCUGGUUAUUUUAAAAAGAAAAGAAAAAUCAAGACUUUAUUAUGGUGUUAAAAAAAGAGAGGGAAAAAGCAGUACAAAACAAACAAAAAACAGGGGCCACAUCAUUACCUCACAUAACAAAAUACAUUCCCAAGAGACUAUACAGUGAAUUAGAAGUUGCUACAAAAAUGGACCUGAUACAGAAAGAAUACAAAAUAAAUUAUAAAUGCCAAAUCCAUAUUUCAUUGAGACUUGCCAUCCCUGUGAUUGACCUAUCCUGUAAGUAAGAAAUGGCCAGCAAAUGGAGGCAAAAUCCAUAGGUUUACCUGCACCCUGAGAUACCCUUGUUGUAAGUCAAUUUCUGAGAAAUGAGAAUAAACAUGUUAUUGAAACAAAUAUUUGAAGAAAACCCCUUUUUUCUGAAAGGAGGACUCCUUUCAGCCCUGCAAUAUGGUCAAACAAGCCCCUACUAACAGAAAAAUUAUAACAGGUUUACAUAUUAAGUCUUUACUGUAUUUGACUAAUCAAAAAUUUACAAAGGACACACAUUGGGGGUUAAAGGCACUGGUACACUGGUGCACCUAUUAUUUCAGAAAUGUUCUUCAUUACCUCUUCCCAAAAUUUGUACACAAAUGUACACAUGUGCAAGACCACCAAAUGUUCCAAACAGUAUAUUGGAUAUUUUAAAGAUGCGGCUGCAUUAGGUGAAUCAAAGGGGAUGUACUUUCAAACUAGGAUGGUCAAAAGAUAGCCCACCUAAUGCUCCCAUUCAUUUUAAAUGAUUUAUUUAUGACAUUUGUAUUCUGUCCCAUAAGAUAUAGUUCUUUGGGUGGCUUAGAAACACGUAAGGUGUGCUGGCCAUAGGUUUUGCCUACAGUUUUGCUUGUAAAGAACAGAAAAUGUCUAUUAAUAGUUGCAUGCAGGAAAGUCAUUUUACACCUUAACACUUUCUUUGGAUUUUAUAUGUGAUAUAAUCCUCUUUUCUAUUCAGAAAAAAAUGAAGCGGCUAAUAACAAAACAGAAAAAGUAAUAAAAAGCAAAAUAUCAAGUCAGCAAAAACAUAGCAUUCAAAAUACAAAAAAGCAGCAGCAAGAAAGCAAAAACAAAAUAAAUAGAAAUCCAUGUAAAGCUACUGGCAGAAAACUGCAGCCAGGCAGGAAUGUGUCCUAGCCAAUAACUUUCUAGACAAUGUAUUAGGUCAGCUUGUGUGGCAAAAUACACAGUCCUUGGCCCACUCUCUUUAUAACAGAGUGAUUUCCGAGAUCACACACUGUUUUAAAGCUAGUUGAGUCAUUCAGUCAAGGGGUUAAUUGCUUCUGUUUCUACCUGGCUUAACAGCUUGCCUCUUCUCUUUGGCUGCACCUAUCAAGUCAGUCUGUUAGGCCCCCACAACACUUACAAAUCGUGUCCAGCCAUCUUUCAGACCAGCUGAAGUAAAAUGCAGAAAGCCAUUCCUAGAACGAGUCAUGCUUCCUUUCAUAAGCUAUGCAGCUAUGCUUAUGAGGGGAAAUACCUAACAUCAAACAACAAACACAUUAAUUGGCUCUUGGCAAAGGCAUGCUAAUGGCACCAAAACAACUUGCCAAAAUAAUGCAAAAUAAAGAGUAACUAAGGGAAGUGAGGUCAAACUUGAACAAAACUUUGGCAUCAGUUUGUAGGGAGCCUGAAUUUGGGGGUCACAUGUUACUGAAGCUGAAGUGAGGCCUUAUUGCCUGGCGUCUAAGCAAUCUAGGUUCUAGAGCCCUUGCCAAUAUCAAAGGCUCACGGAACUUCAGCCCUGAGUGUCCUAGCACAGCAGUCUUAAACCUUUUACAACCCAAGGCCCACUUUUAACUCAAGUUUACAUUUGGAGACAUAUUUCUUUUUUAACCAUGUAUUUGCAUUGUGGUAGUUCUGCUGUUGUGACACACCUUAGAUCAGGAUGUGACCUAGUAGCAGAUCUUUACCCACAGCUGAAGAUCAAUGCUCCCAUUACUAAUGGGGUAGAAAUUUGAUUCCAUUUCAAUUUAAAGGUGAGCAAAACUUGAGCCUUUGCUAGACAGCAUUAAUAAUUUCUGUGUAGUUUUUUGAUAAAUUGAUUUGGAUAUGUCAGUGCCAAGAAACCUCUCUUGGAGGAAAAAGUUCAUAUUUACUUAUGUCUAUGUUAAAUAGGGGGUAGACAUAGCAGACGACACAGCGAUUCUUCAAAGCAGCUCUUUAUUUGUAAGCUGGAACAGAACUGAACUGCAAACAGCUCAGCCGGCCUGCUUUUAUAGGCAGCCGGCUGUCAACAUUGUAGCAACAGCAACCCAGGGUUUCCCGCCUAAAGUAACUGACGUGGACCUGAGUGAAAACUAUAUACACGAUACUCCUGGUGGCCAGGGUGAGAACUUCAAUGCAUAACACCCUAAGAAAGUUAUAUAAAUUUCAUAAUACCAGUUAUUUCAUAAUGACAUAAUUAUACCAGUUAAUGAGGGCCCGAGCUGCCUCCACAACUAUUGUAGUAGAUGUCCUGCUGCUGAUUUAUACCGUAGAGGACUUGACCCUCUUAUUUAAACUUAUUCUGUUGUAGUGACUUUAGACUGUAGCAUUUUCUUUGCUUUGUAUUGCUGUUAAGUGCUGAAAUGUGCAUAAUGAAAGGGCCAAGAUGAAAGGAAAUGAUAAAAACCCUGUAUAAAAUAUCAGCUAGUAACAGUAAUUACAAGCAUCAAAAUGAAAAUGAAAAUUUGAUAUAAACAUGAGUAAGUAAUGAUACAAUACUAAAAAUAACCACCUUUGAAUCAAGCCAUUCUACAUCAGUAGUCAUUUCAAUAAUAUGGACAAAGGGGCAGGGGAGAGAGGAAAUUAAAUAUUAACUAUAGUUUAGAAUUGAUUCCACUACCUUCAUUUGUAGAAUUUCCUCCCUACAGAGGUUUGUUUGGCAGGGCUGACCCAAGACAUUUUGGCACCUGAGGCUGCCCCCCUCCCAAAAUACUGUCUCCCUCCCUGCCAGGGAAGAAGGGAUGAGGGAAGAACUACAUCAGAAACAAGGGGGGAAGAAAAUUUGACAUUGGGAUCUGUUGUUCCAGUGGAUCCUCCCGCAUGAGGCAUUCAUCUCACUUUUCCUCAUGGAUGGGCCAGCCCUGGAGCUUAGGGACAUUCAUGCUAUAGUUUCUGCCAUAUGCUGAAGAUGCACCGCUUUACUGUAGCCUUUGAUGGUUUAAACUACACAUUUCAUGGUGCCCCACAAAAUGAGCCCUUGGCCCCUUAACCAGCGGGGUCAAGAUUUCGCCGAAAACCCAACAUUGUCUGAUUCACCCCAGUGUUUUUCUUCCAAUCCCCUUCUCAAUGUGCCUAAUUUUAAUUAAUCAAUUUUAAUCUAGCAUGUAAAUUCUCAAAACUUGCUUAUUUAAACAUUCAGCAUUUUUUGUACAAUCUAAUUUAUUCUCAGUAACCAAAAUUAUAUUAUCAACGUAUUUAAGCAGAAAAGUUAUUUCCCCAUUUUGUUGUUUUUGCCAUGAGACAUCAGUUGAAUUGGACCCCACAUAGCACCUAAAUUAUUUAAUUCAGUAUUUGAAGGAUUGGUAUUAGUAAUUGUAUUAUAAAUUGGUAUUGUUAUAAUGAGGCUAUUAUUGGAUUGUAAUUGAAAACUAAUAAAUUUUUUUUUAAAAAAAAAUCUCAAUAAUGACAAUUGGAAAAAAUCAGAGAUGGACCGUAAAUGGUUUAAAUAAUAAAGCAAAAAGAAAUAAUUGCAUGGAAUAGCAGAAAGGCAAAGGAACCAGAAAAUGUGUGGAAGGGAAGUCAUAUGGUAUAUGUAUACAUGCUGUAUUUGGUACGAAGUUGUAAGUGUGAUGAGGGGGGGUUAAAUAUGAUCUCUGUUCCUGGUUUUGAAAAUGCAAUUAAAAAAAAACACUUUCAAAAAUACUGAAAAUAGAAAAUCCUGCACUUAGGUUGCAAGCUGUUUGUGUCAUGUGGGUAAGACAUAACAACAAUAUAAUUGAUUGGGAAGUUGCUGUGGGUUACAGAAACUACUGUAAGGUUGGAUAAGAAAUUUCUGAACUACAGCCUCAACCAGGGAAAUUGUAAUGGCCAAAGGAAAAAGCCUUUUGGCAGGCAUAAUUGGCACUUUGGCCCUCCCACCUGCUAUUUUUGGGUAGCCAAUUACUUCCUUGAGGGAAGGAUCAAAUUAAACUGCAGGUGGCAAAUCCCAUACUGGGUAAUUCCUCUCUCCCAACCUGCAGAAGUAAAUCAACCCCCAUUCUUUUUUUUUAUUCAGACACAAACAGGAUAUGGUUACGAAUUGACAACAGGGGCAAGAUAGAGCAGCUGGAACAAACUAUUCAUGUCAUACGUAAUUUUGGUAAGUGAGGUGGGUACUAUCUGUUGAAGCCAAACCUAUGGACAAAGGGGAGGUGGUGGUGGGCCUUUGUUUUUCUUGUUGUGAUAAAAUGUGGUGCCUUCGUCUUCCAUUUUUAUAACCAGCAGAAUUGCAAACUUGGAAUUAAACAGUGACCUUUCUAAACACUCAGAUUAUGACCAAAUUUGGGGGAGAGGGAUUUGAGCAGUUACCAGCAAUAAAGCAUACCGAACAUUUUCUGAGAGAGAGAAGGGAAAUUACAGUAGAACUCCCUUGCCAACAUGGAAAUGAAGUGCUGCCCCCUCUUGAAAACAAUCACAGUGGAACAAAUUACCGUAGGAGCAAGUACACAACAUAACACUUAGAUUUGGCAUUGCACAGAAUUAAGUUUAAGAUACUAACUGAUGCAAAACAAAGAGGGGGCUUUGCCCUGCCGGACUUAAAGUUGUAUUACGAAGCCGCAGCGUUCUGCUGGCUAAAAGAUUGGCUACUUCUUGAAGACACUGAUGUGUUGGAUUUGGAGGGGUUUAACAAUGUUUUUGGAUGGCAUGCAUAUUUAUGGUAUGACAAAGUUAAAGCAAAUAAGGCCUUUAAGAACCAUAUUGUUAGAAAAUCACUGUUUAAUGUCUGGACAAAAUAUAAAGACUUGCUGGAAAAUAAAACACCAAGGUGGCUUUCACCUUUGGAAGCUAAGGCCCGAAAAGACCCAAUAUGGAGGCCAAAUGGCCAAAAUAUUGGGAAAUACUAGAAAAGAUGGAGACAAUUGGAAAUUGCAGCGUGUGGAGAAAAUGAAAGACAAAGUGCGAGAUUGGUUACACUAUGCUCAGAUUAAAGAAGUUUUUAAAAAUGAUAAGAAACUAGGGUUCCAGGUGGAGAAAUCGAAAUUAGAAACAGAAUUGUUAGAACCAAAGAUUAAGAUACUUUCAAGGAUGUAUAACUUGCUGUUGGAAUGGAAUACACAAGAUGAAAUGGUUAAAUCGGCUAUGAUAAGGUGGGCACAGGAUAUUGGGCAUAAUAUUAUGUUUGAGGACUGGGAAAGGCUGUGGAGUAAUGGAUUGAAAUUUACUGCAUGUAAUGCUUUGAAAGAAAAUGUAAUGAAAAUGAUUUAUAGAUGGUAUAUGACCCCAGUCAAACUCGCAAAAAUUUACCACCUGUCUGAUAACAAGUGCUGGAAAUGUAAAGAGUGUGAAGGAACGUUCUUUCACCUCUGGUGGACCUGCCCUAAAGUGAAGGCGUUCUGGGAAAUGAUUUAUAAUGAAUUGAAAAAGGUAUUUAAAUAUACUUUCACUAAGAAACCAGAGGCUUUCCUUUUGGGUAUUGUCAGCCAAGGGGUGGCAAAGAAGGACCAGACAUUUUUAUGUAUGCAACAACAGCAGCAAGGAUACUACUCGCAAAACAUUGGAAAACUCAAGAUCUACCCACACUGGAAGAAUGGCAGAUGCAACUGAUAGACUAUAUGCAACUGGCUGAAAUGACUGGCAGAAUCCGUGACCUGGGAGAAGAGAGAAUCGAGGAGGAUUGGAAGAAAUUUAAGAACUAUCUACAAAAACAUUGUGAUUUGACUGAAUGCUGAAUAAGAUGCUAGACUAAAUAACUGAGCACCACUUAACUUAGAAGUUUUUAAGAAAAUAAGAAAAACUGUGAAAGUUUAACUCUUUAUGAGAACUUUAAGAUUAUGAAAUAUCAAAGAGAUAUAAGAACUUAAAUAAGAUGAUAAAUUGCUGACAAAAUGUUAUAAUGAUGAAGGUGGGAGCGGGAGAUGUGAGGAAGUUCAAAGAAAAUGUGAAAUUAUGUUAAGACGAAUGUUAUAUUGUUUAUUACACUUAUUCCUAUUGUAAAACCCAAUAAAUUGCUUUAAAAAAAAAAUAGAUUUGGCAUUGCACAGCAGGGUUGGGAUGACUGCUUUACAGUUGAAAUUAUUUUCUUAGUCAAGUCAGCUGUUUGUAACCACAGCCAUAUAUUGCAGAAAUGAUUUCACAAAUAUAUAAGCACACCGAAAGAAGCAUGACAGUGACACAUAUGGGUAUGAGUAUUAAAUACUUCAUAGCAUACAGCCAGAUAUUUUAUUUUACUUAUGACGUUUAAGUUUCACCAUCCCUCCAAGGAGCUUAAGGUAGCAUACAUGACUCUUACUUCACAACACCCCUGUGAGGUAGGUUAGGUGCAGACAGUAGCUGGCCCUAGUCUCUCAGGUCCUAGUCCAUGAUUACACCACAUUGGCAUUGAUAGUAAACUGCAGAAAACAACACAGAUUGUACCAUUAGGAAGCCACAGACAGUACUUACUGACUGUUGUAUUUGGGCUAGAUCUGAAUGCAAACCCUUGAACUAAUGCUUGUGGCAAAAUCUGACACGGACCAUGUUGCAUUAUUAAGAUGAACUGGAACUAGCCAGGUGUUAAUUUGCAAUCAAUAAAGACUACAGGCUGCUUAAGUCUGUUUGUGUUUUCUUACCCUUAGAGAGAUAUAGGUAAAGUUACUGCCAGUUCUUCUCAGUCAAAUCUUCAUGCUAGUUGACUUACUAAACCACAGGACAAAUCUGAGCAAAGUUUAGAGUGCACAAAAGGCCCAAUAAUAAAUCACUUUGAAUUGUAUGCCAAUGCUAUAGAUAAGAUGCUUAGUAAGAAUACCAGAGUGGGAAAGAGUAGGAAGCGAGCAAGGGAAAAGUUUAUUGAACUCCAAUAUUGGCUUCCUGUGCAAUAUUAGUUCUACUGAGUUAAGAAAACUUCUGAUACCCCCUUGUGUUUCAACAUUCCGUCAUUUUAAUGUUUGCAAAUAGAAAUUUCCCUUCCUGAUAUAAAAGGACUAAGUGAAAAAUAAAUGAAGCCAAGCAAGCAUUGUACUUCUCUACUGAACUUGUCAGCUUUCACCUGCUGAAUAUACCAUUCAGCUUUUGGGAACAGAGUGGCUUUGUUAAGUUUCUCUAAGCCUUCCUAAUUAUGUACAUUUGAUAGUGCAGAAUUCUUUCAUUUGAGACAGCUUAUAUUAUCUGAUGCAGCUCUUUCAAAACUAUUCAGAAACAUCAUCUGCCAGGAUCAAGAGUAAUUGAACUGAUAUCUAUUGGGUUUUAUCUGCAGCUUUAGUGCAUAAUUUUUCAUUUUCUUUAGAAGGCUUUUAACAUAGAGACAGAGCGUUCCUACAGUCCCACAGAGGUGUUUUGACAUUAGACUUAAUAAAGCUUGAAGAACUCAUUAAUAAAUAAUGUUCUGCUAGGUUAACAAAUAAAACUGAAUGCAUUUGUUGGACCCAAGAGUAAAUUGCAUCAAACAUGUGACUUGUUUAAAAGACUGCAAUGGUUAUUCUGUUGGAGCAUUUGGCAUGUCUCAACACAUCAAUGCACUUUUUUUAAAAAAAAAAUCACUUCAGAAGUUCAUGUAUCCGCAAUUAGAAUGUAGUCUGUCAGUUUGAAGAUGCUUUCUGCUAGCCUGAAGUUUGUCUAAGUAAGCAUCCAUGAUGCUGACAAAGAGGCAGUUAAGCAGCAUUAGUAGUCUUUGUUGAGAGACUACCUGUCAUUUUCAAAGUCAAUUAAUGGAAUCAUUCUACGUCAGAGCAAAAAGUUACAUAAUUUUAUACUGCUUUUAUACUCUGGACACAACUAUCCCUUUCUGUUUCUAGUCAAACUUAGAAUGCUAUGUAUGUACCAAUCAAAUGAGCAUCCAGUUAUAAGCAAUGCAGUGUGCAGACUGGUGAGAUCAGUACUAAGAUGUUCAUUCCAAUGUGCUGUUGGAAGGACAUUUCAUUUACUCUUGUGGUUUGUGACAGAGCAAGUGUUAAUGUCUCCUUCAUGGAUCACUGCCUUGUCGUGGAGAAGGGACUUGAACAGCUCAGAGAAGCUAUGGGCUAUGCCAUGCAGGGCCACCCAAGAAGGACAGGUCAUAGUGUAGAUUUUUGACUAAACGUGAUUCACCUGGAGCAGAAACCGUCAAGCCACUCCAGUAUCCCUGCCAAGAAAACUUCAUGGACAAAGACAAGAGGCAUAUAAAAGCUAUGAUGCUGGAAGAUGAGCCUCUCAGGUCGGAAGGCAUCCAACAUGCUACUGAGGAAGAGCGGAGGACAAGCACAAGUAGAUUCAGAGCUGAUAAAGCGGCUGGGCCAAAGCCAAAAGGUCGCUCAGUUGCAGAUAUGCCUGGAAGCGAAAGGAAAGUCCAAUGCCGUAAAGAAAAAUAUUGCAUAGGAACCUGGAAUGUAAGAACCAUGAACCUUGGUAAGUUGGAUGUGGUCAAAAAUGAGAUGGCAAGAAUAAAUAUUGACAUCCUGGGCAUCAGUGAACUAAAAUGGAUGGGAAUGGGUGAAUUCAGUUCGGAUGACCAUCAUAUCUACUACUGUGGGCAAGAAUCCCGUAAAAGAAAUGGAGUGGCCCUCAUACAACACCUUCUAGAAAUGACACCAAAGAAGGAUGUUCUUCUCAUUAUAGGGGAUUGGAAUGCUAAAAUAGGGAGUCAAGAGAUAAAAGGAACAACUGGCAAGUUUGGCCUUGGAGUUCAAAACAAAGCAGGGCAAAGGCUAAUAGAGUUCUGUCAAGAGAACAAGCUGGUCAUCAAAAACACGCUUUCCCAACAACACAAGAGACAACUCUACACAUGGACAUCACCAAAUGGGCAGCAUCAAAAUCAGAUUGAUUAUUUUCUCUGCAGCCAAAGAUGGAGAAGCUCUAUACAGUCAGCAAAAACAAGACCUGGAGCUGACUGUGGCUCAGAUCAUCAGCUUCUUAUAGCAAAAUUCAAGCUUAAACUGAAGAAAGUAGGAAAAACCACUGGGCCUGUAAGAUACAAUCUAAGUCAAAUCCCUUAUGAAUACACAGUGGAAGUGAGGAACAGGUUUAAGGAUUUAGAUUUGGUGGACAGAGUGCCUGAAGAACUAUGGAUGGAGGCUCAUAACAUUAUACAGGAGGCAGCAACUAAAACCAUCCCAAUGAAAAGGAAAUGCAAGAAAGCAAAGUGGCUGUCCAACGAGGCCUUACAAAGAGCGGGGGAGAGAAGGCAAGCGAAAUGCGAGGGAGAUAGUGAAAGAUACAGGAAAUUGAAUGCAAAUUUCCAAAAAAUAGCAAGGAGAGACAAAAGGGCCUUCUUAAACGAGCAAUGCAAAGAAAUAGAGGAAAACAACAGAAUGGGAAAAACCAGAGAUCUGUUCAAAAAAACUGGAGAUAUGAAAGGAACUUUUCAUACAAAGAUUACCAAGGACAAAAGUGGUAAGGACCUAACAGAAGCAGAAGACAUCAAGAAGAGGUGGCAAGAAUACACAGAGGAAUUAUACCAGAAAGAUAUGGAUGUUUCGUAUACCCCAGGUAGUGUGGUUGCUGACCUUGAGCCAGACAUCCUGGAGAGUGAAGUCAAAUGGGCCUUAGAAAGCACUGCUAAUAACAAGGCCCAUGGAAGUGAUGAUAUCCAGCUAAACUAUUUAAAAUUUUAAAAGAUGAUGCUGUUAAGGUGCUACACUCAAUAUGCCAGCAAGUUUGUAAAACUCAGCAGUGGCCAGAGGAUUGGGGAAGAUCAGUCUACAUCCCAAUCCCAAAGAAGGGCAGUGCCAAAGAAUGCUCCAGCUACCAAUUGCACUCAUUUCACACGCUAGCAAGGUUAUGCUUAAAAUUCUACAAGGAAGGCUUAAACAGUAUGUGGACUGAGAACUCCCAGAAGUGCAAGCUGGAUUUCGAAGGGGCAGAGGAACCAGAGACCAAAUUGCAAACAUGCUCUGGAUUAUGGAGAAAGCUAGAGAGUUCCAGAAAAACAUCUACUUCUGCUUCAUUGACUACGCAAAAGCAUUUGACUGUGUCAACCACAGCAAACUAUGGCAAGUUCUUAAAGAAAUGGGAGUGCCUGAUCACCUCAUCUCUCUCUUGAGAAAUCUCUAUUUGGUAGAAGAAGUGACAGAACUGGAUAUGGAACAACUGAUUGGUUCAAAAUUGGGGAAGGAGUAUGACAAGGCUGUAUAUUGUUUCCCUGCUUAUUUAACUUAUAUGCAGAAUUCAUCAUGCGAAAGGCUGGACUGGAUGAAUCCCAGGCAUCUGGUUGGCCACUGGUAAAGCAGGAUGCUGGACUAAUGGGCCAAUGGGCUGAUCCAGCAGGCUCUUUUUAUGUUCUUAUAUUGACUCAGGAAUCCAGUAAUCCUGUACCUUCCUAAGUAACUGCUGUACAUGCUUCUUGGAUUCCUUUGUAGGAAACUAGAUUGAGUCUAGUUAAUACCUCUGUGGAAGGCUUCCAGUUUUUGGCCAUAUGCACAGCACUAGCAUAGUAUACAUUUAGCAGAUAACUGGCAGGGAAAAUGAAAGGAAAAGAGCUUAAUAAUGCCAUAUGCGUGCGCGCACUCUCUCUCUCUCUCUCUCUCUCUCUCUGUGUGUGUGUGUGUGUUUAGAAGAGGAUAGAUGAUGCCAUGGACAGCAUAUGGAAACAAUUUCUUUUACUUAUCUCCAUAAGCAGAAAUAUACCAGCUGCUAUUCAAAAGAAGAGAGUUCAUAUCCUCAAAUCAAAAGUGGCUUAUAAAUAAAAUCCUGACACCGUGUGAAAACAGAUCAGACACCCUUUUAAGAGAUUGCAAAAGAUGUUGAGACAGGAGAAAGGCCUUAUAACAAUAUGGAUGAUCUACAUACAUUCUAUUCAACUACAGAAUUACUUUGUAGAUCUGACAUUAUUGCUUUCUCAGUUGCAUGCAUAUUCAUUUGGGGGGAAAUGCACAAAAUAUUUCAGCUAGAGUUAGAAUAUGAACUUGAACUACCACAAUCCAUCAAAAAUUGUUAGAAAAAUUAGAGAGUGAGAGAGCCAUUAUUUUAAUAUUUUCUCCUUGAAUUACUAAUUUAAAAGACAUUUGCAAUUAAACACCUUUAAGAAAUAGUGAGAUAAUUUCACUGUAUUUGAAGUGUUAAAAUGUAUUUGAAGUGCUAUAUAAUUGCAGCUGGAGCAUAAGAUAAUUUCUCCUGGCUCGGCCCCCAUUUAAAAAUUAUUUUUGCAGAGAAAUGUGUUAUCAGUUAUCUAGGGAAAUAGUAUUUCAUUUUCAAGGAAGCAGAUACCUGGUUUUUGUUAUCUUAGUAAGAGACGCAGCUGUUUCAGUAAUUCUCGCCAAGCUUAUUAACAUCUUUGUGCUGAAGUGUGGCCUACAAGUCUACAAAAAGGUGUCCUGGGGAGAAACACCAAAUAUGGAAAGUAGUAAUCAGUCAUGGUGAUAAUAUACCAGUGUUCCCAUUUCAGGGGCUCAGUGGGCUCUUCCUCAGUGGGCUUCCAAUCCCACACACCAAAAGCAUGAGGUGCUUGUCUUCACAACUGCACAGAAACAUGCACAGGACUAGCAAAGGUACCUUGCCAUACCAAGUACCAAGUACCAAGUAUAAUAUAUAUGAAGAUAUAUGAAACAUACGAAGACACUUUAUACUUUAUCCAGUAUAUCUGAAGGAGCGUCUCCACCCCCAUCGUUCUACCCGGACACUGAGGUCCAGCACCGAGGGCCUUCUGGCGUUCCCUCACUGCGAGAAGCCAAGUUACAGGGAACCAGGCAGCGGGCCUUCUGGGUAGUGGUGGCCUCAAUGUAGAACGCCCUCCCACCAGAUGUCAAAGAGAACAACUACCAGACUUUUAGAAGACAUCUGAAGGCAUCCCUCUUUAGGGAAGCUUUUAAUGUUUGAUGUAUUACAGUAUUUUAAUAUUUUUUUGGAAGCCGCCCAGAGUGGCUGGGGAAGCCCAGCCAGAUGGGCAGGUAUAAAUAAUUAUUUAUUAUUAUUAUUAUUAUUAUUAUUAUUAUUAUUAUUAUACUAUGAGUCAUUGGUCCACCCAUCCCAGGAUUGUCUAUGCCAACUGACAGCUAUCCACAAAGGCCUGAGACAUAGGCAUUUCCCAUCCUUAUUUUCUGAGAUGCCAGGGACUGAACUGGAGCCCUUAUACAGUAGAUGCAAAGCACAUACUAUACCUCUGAGCCAUGAAGCCUUCCAGGGCACCUGCUUUUCUCCACUUAAAGUCAGUGCUACAUCACUUAAUGGGGAGAGUAAUAAGCAGAGAUGUUCUGCAGGCUUUUGCAACAUUCUGUUUAUAUACACAGGACCUUCUGCUCCCUCUAGUAUUAUGGAUGAAUCUCUCCUCCACAGCCGGACCCUGAGUUAUUAUUAUUAUUAAAUUAAUUAUGCAAAAGGCUUCCUCAUCCUUCUCUUUCCUUUUUCUUGGUACUGCUAAGGAUACACGCAUUUAAUUUUUAGACUGCAUUAUAAAAAGGGAAACGUGUGAAAUCACAAGAGGCUGAAAGGUAGAAAACACUCCUUUAUCCUUUCUCUUCCCCAUAUCUGGCAUCACUGCCAUCUACCUCUCAAAACUGGUUACUAGGUUUGGUUACUUAUUUGGUAUGGGAGACUGCAGUGGUCUGCCAUUAACUCCCUGCCCAUCUAAUCCUAGCGAAGGCACAUGUCCACAUUUUUAUGUGUUUUAUUCUGUCUGACUUGGAGACUUCGUAGAGACAAAACCAAAAAUUCCUAGCUUGACUGUGCUUGACUGAGAUGGGGACUUGGUGAGUGAUUGGGCAGAUGGAAACAUCUUACUCCUGUAUAGGAGUUGCCCAAUUCUCAGGGCUCUUCCACAAAACAAAAUGUGACCACAGGGAGGGAGCAGCAUUAAACAAUUCAUACUAUUUCAGUGGCACAGUUUAAGGAGCACGAACACCUGAGCACAGACCACCACCAUUUUCUUUCUUCCCAUAGAGCCUCUAAAAAAAGAUGACAGGCUGCUAGCAUCCUUCCCAGAAACAUCGUAAUUCCCUUUCCUACAUUUCAUGUCCUUAGGAUGAACCUCUUUGUAGAGAUCUAUACAUAAUUUGCACCUUUUGACAAUUUUGGCUUGGGGUGUGUGUGAAUGGCUAUUUCAAUAGAGUGCUGCAUGUUAUAAGCAAUGCCAUCAUAUAAACCACUUUGCAUGUAUUAAAAGCAAGUGUUUUAUUAGAUGGAGCAAUUUAAGCACAUUACUUUCCACUUGUGGAAGCUAGGAAGUGUUGCAUUAUGGAUGAAUUAGAUUGUUGUAUGUUUAAAGCAUGUGUUACCUGGAACUGAGGUUUGCUAGAUUUAUCACAUUAUAACAUAUACAUCUGCAUGAUGAUGGCAGGACCCCUGAUGUGAGGAAGAUAGGAAAAUUAUUAUAAUCUCCAUUUCUAAAUUGAAUGAACAUUUUGCUCAGCAGAAACCUCUUGACUGAAAAUAGUCUGAGAUUACAUCCUGCUGUUUAAGGUACCUGUGUCUGUCUGUCUGAAUGUGCAUGUGUUUAUGAGCACUCAUUUAUUUUUAAACUGAACAUAAGUUUCUCACAUUCCUUUAAAUCAGAUAUCUUUGAUAUCCUAUACUGUUAGAGCUACUCACAUGUUGUCACAGACAGGUCAUAUUAGUGCAAUAGCUAUUUUAUGAUUUAUUUAUUUAUUUGAAUUAUUUGUAUUAUUUGUAUUAUUCUGACCCAAGAGAUGAGUCACUCUCCUACAGAAAAAGUACUCAAGCCUACCCUUAUCAAUCUCAGGAUGAAACUCACAGCUGCCCUGAUUGAAAAGGACAUGAAAGAAAUUAUGCAACAAAAACUCAUUUCAGUUCAACAGCUACAAUAAAACUGGGGAAUGGAGAAUUACACAGAGGCUGCAUUCAGACAAGAGAUUAAGGCUUGGCUUAGUGCUACAGGAACAACAAUCUCCCCUCAUAUCUCCCCUCUUGCAUGGCCACAAGGAUGAUAUUCAAAUAUUCCCAUUACAUUUUAUAUCAACUGCAGUUUAGGGGGUCAUCUGAACUCUAAACUGUGGUUAAUCUUAACUCUGGUUAAUGAAAAGAAGCCACCUGCAUAAACUAUGGCUUGAGUUCAGUUUGUAUCCACUGGCCAAAGUUAAGAUUAACCCAGUUUCUCCAUGUUCAAAUAACAUGGCCAACUGUGGUUAAUCUAAAACAGAAGUGAAAGGUCCUAAAGUCCUCCUCACAGUCACUUUCCACCAGAAGAGGAAUGGAAAGCACCCAAGCCCAAACCUUGCUGCAGGUUGUUCUUGUAAUGCUGAACUGGCCCAUAGCCAUCAAGGCCUACUCAACAUUCAGAGCACCAUGCCACCUGUUAAUUUUGGUUAACAAGGCAUAUUACAGGAAGGGAAACAAAAAUUCUGCAGAGAGCAGCCUGCACUUUAUUUCCCCACAGGAAAAAAACAGGCAACGAUAAAUGACUCAGAUUCCUAUUUUGUUUUGAUCCUUUAUUGCUGUACAAAAGAGGUAGCCUUUGGUAGUUACUUCUACACAAGCCCAUAUUCUUCUCUAGAGAAAAAAAGAGAGGCUCUAUUAAAAGGUAUGAGCAGCGUGGGUAACAAUGGGACAGCAAUCUAGGAAAGUGAUAUAAAAUUAUAAUGUGUCAAUCCAAAGAAAACUAGUUACUGAUUUAGAGAUAAGAGGACAAUAAGGGACAAAAGAUGCUUUGUAGUUUUGGAUUGCAAGAAAUGAAACCAGGGUGGAAGAGAGACGGUUGUGGGAUAGGGAUGUUUGUGGUCACCAAAGGGUUAUCUUCCCUCCCAUUUUCUAUACAUAGUGUUAAAGUGUUGUUUCAUCUUUUUGUUUCUUUUCUAUGUUUGCUAAGGGUUGCACAUUAAGCUUCCUUAAUGUGGGUUUUUCUGUCUCAGCCCCACUUUUAGAAAGCGUGUUCUCCUUCAUAGAGAGCACGUGUUGCGGUGGGGGCAAACAAGACAUCCCUCUGUUGCUGGGUGGGUUAGUUUGGAUGGCCGAGAAUCUUCUUGGGCACCUCUUGGUCAUUGGGGAGAAUUUGAUGUUGCAAUUUAUGAUUGAUGGCUAAGGGGCUAUUUAUUCCCUGCACACAGUGUUGAGCUGCCUCUUUUCGCUGCGUGCAUCGGAUCACCCGCCCACCCUCCCUAUAUUUAGGGCUGUUUGUGUUGACCUUGCUAUGCCUGUCAUGGGAUCAUCUGCUUUGGGGCAGGGGCCUGGUAGGAAUUUUUCCAUUUGGCUGAUUGGCCGGUGCCAUUUGGUUUUUUGCCUACUGCAUAGCAAAAUUGUCACAACUUGUAAGGUUGUGGUUAGGCAUUGGUUAAAUUUGGUUGGUGGAGGGGGUAUGGUUGGCUGUGCCUGCCCCUUCAAUGCUGCUACUGCAAGGGAUUCCGUAAAAGGAAUCCAGGGGCUCACUAUACUCUUGUCCUGUCAAGGGGCUAGGGCCACGCAAGAGGCCCUGGGAGCAUUUGGGGAGAGGUGAGGGCCUGGCACCCAGCUCUAUUCUCUCCCCAAAAUGUUUUCCCUUAUUGACUUUCGCAGGCUUGCUGAUGUCAGUUCUGUUCCUUCCUCUAGGUGGGAACAGUCGCGAACCAAUGCCUAAGCAACCACUUACAUUCUGUAAUCAAUAAAGUUGUGGCCAAAAAAUUAUGUCAAAAACCUUAAACAAAAAUUCUGUGUGAAUUGUGUUUUAUUUGAGGGUGGCUUGGGGACCACGACAUGCAAGAGAGUAUUCUAUGCUUCUUAUUGAAAACAUGGAGUUUACUACCACAGCUAUCACAGCUGCAUUUAUUCAAAAGUAAAUUCAUUAUUUUUUUUGUUAAACCAGUUACAAUAUUUCCCCAUACCUGUUACCAGUUCCCAUUGAAAGAUCACUGACGUAUUAUUAUUCACUUUAGAGCAGAGCUUUAGUUGCAUACAUUCAUUGCUGCUCUGUUACAUUUAUUAUGCAAUGGGUUUUUUCCUCUUGUAUUUGGAAUAGCUAAUUGAUGCCAUUGGGACAUAAGUCUCUUCUGAUAAAGGACUGCAUGUUGUCUGUCUCUUAUUUAUGGUUUAUAACAGGAGAAAUAAUAUAUACAGCAUGCACACAGUAGUUACAGACAUACUAAUAGGCAGACAGAUUGAGUACCACAGUAUAAUUCUGCUGAGGGAUUUAUAUGGUAUCAUUUACCACAAAGUGGAAAUUACAAUGUAGUAACUGCGAAGUUUUAGUUUUGUCUUUAUUAAUCACCAUACUCCCAUGCCUUAUAAUAGCCAAGGCAGAAAAAACUUAGAAUAAAUUAUUCUCAAUCCCCUCCACACACCUGAUUUUCAAAGUGCUUUGGCAGCAGAAUACCUAGACUGGUGCAAAGGGAGCAUUUUGAAACGAAGGCUGGUGUAUUUUCUGCCUAGCAGACUUUCCAGCUCUUCAGCUGUUUAUCAUGGCAUGUUUAUGUUCUGCCUUACCCAUUCUCUGCCCUACAGGGGCUAUGAGAGUCUUUUAAAAGUAGAGGUGGAAACUUUAAAUGAACUCACACAUGCAUGUUCCUAGCUUAAGAACUGCAACUUUGAUUGGUAACUUGUAUGUGUAAGUAGGCAUCACGUAUCAAAUGUUGAAUGAAAGCUGACCUAAGACUUCAAAACAAAACCCCACAGUUUAACUGGUAGAGGCAGUCCAGUGAACAACAAGGAGUCAUCACAUCCUGAUGAGACAUGUUCAGUCCUAUACAUGUACAUGCAGCACGUGGUGGUUAUACAGAUUUAAAGUUAGGUCUGUCUCCUCCAAGUCUAACAUUAUAGUCUAACAUUAUAGUCACUGUUCCACUAUGGAGUGUAUGAGCAAUAAAUUGGAGAAAGAGAGAGAGAGGGGAGAUAUCAAAGGAAAAACACCUUUUUAAAAUGCUGAUAAAGAACAGUACAUUUGAAGUUUUUAGUUAAUUACUUCCAACGUUCUUCAGUUAAGAAUCUUUUGCAAUGGGGAAUAUUCACUUGCCACUAUGAUAAGGUAUCACAUAUAUAUCAAGUCAAACAAAUACAUUCAUUUUCAGCUGCAAAAAGUGGGCAGUGUGAAAUGAGAUAUGAGAACCCCCAAGGAAACGAGGGAGUAUAA